AUGACGCAAGAGUACGACAAGUAAGUGAUCCAGCUGGGCAGACGGGAAGGCGAGGGAGAGGGGGUGAGUCCGGGCAGGUCCGACCGGUGCUUCUGUCCCCAACCCUCCACGCCCCCAGCCCAGACCUCCUCGCAGAGAUUCCGCCCCCCCCCCAGCCACGGUUCCAGCUGCUACUGCUGCUACUACUCGUGUGCAAUUGCUAAUAAUGGGGAUCAGGGGCGGGAUGGGGGGGUUCCCAAAAUUUGGCUCCCUGUCGGAGGGGUUGGAAGGACAUCGGCGGCACUGCCAGCCCCCCCCCCCCCAAGUGACAGGAGGGAAGAGGUGCAAGAGGUGGGUGGCUGGGCAUUGGGGGGGGGUCUCUUUUGGUGCUGGUAAGCUGGGUAGAGAGGAGGGGAUGACAGCUUUGCUUCUUUUCCUGUGGGUUUUUUUAAAGGGGGAAGCAGUCGAUUGGAUAAUAGGAUUAAGUUAAUUCGGAGUGACUCGCCUUUCUUCAACUGCGAUCAAAGCAGCUCUCCGCCAUAAGUUUACACACACACACACACACAAAGGAAAACUUUGUGGGGGUGGGAUCGAGACUGGCCAAAAAUGGCCCGUGCUAAAGGUCCUCGGUGUGCGUUUUGUUUUGCUUUCAAGAGAAUACACUUCGAUCAGGUGCUCUUUUCUCCAAAAGCAACAACCUGAUCGCCUGUGUUGGCGAGUUGGAUUUCCCCAUCAGCUCCCAAAUGCCUCCAGGCUCCAGCCUACUUGCUCUCGCCGGGCGGGGUCCCGCUCCGUAGUCGAUACUGAUGGUGUGCGUCUUCGUAUCUACAGCUGGGUGGCUUCUUACAGCUCAGUCGGUAGAGCCUGAGACUCUUGAUCUCGGUGUCGUGGGUUGGAGCCGCCCCACAUUGGGCGAAAGGUUCCUGCGUGGCAGGGGGUUGCACUAGAACUGGGUGACCCCUGGGGGUCUCUUCCAAUUCUACGAUUCAAAAAUCGAAGUUAGCUUCCCUUUCUCGGGCGCGGGGGAAUUGAGAUCUUGGUGUGGGGAUCUGCAUUGAGAGAUCCCUGUGCAGGGAUAAGCGGCACGGGAAUCUAAAGGGAAUCUUCCAAGUAAGCGCGCCAAGGACAGUAGGAUUCCUUCGCGAGGUCUUAACUCCCUUGAUUUCAGCUGGAAAGGGAUCGCCCGUUGAAAACACAGCAGUGGGGAGUUAAAGGCUGACUCCAUCCGGCACAAAAGUUCUCCAACUAUUUAGUACUGUAUGCUACAUCUCAUUAUUCUGUCGCCCAUCAUUUCGACAAGCUAGCUAGGCAGGUGUAUAUAGAGAGGGAGCCGUGGAAAGUUUUGGAUUCCCUGACUCGUUCACAUCCUUCUGCUUAUGUUCUGCAUACAACUUGGCCCCAAUACCUCACCUGUCCCCCGGUCUGUGUGUUGCCAAUGUAGUGCCCAACGUCAGCAUCCUAUGGCAGCCCCCAGGAUCUUGUUCCGCUCUGCCCACUGAAACCAGGACUUCAAAGGUGUUCUUCUGGCCAAUAGAUGGCUUUUUCCAAGCCUAAUUGUGGCAUGGGGGUGGUUUAUUGGUUUGCUGGCAAGGGAAGAAGAGUUGUGGCAUGUGCAUGGUGCCCACGACAGUUUGGCUGCUUUGCCAGUCAAAAGCUUGGUGACUCUUGUCCUAACCAGCCUGGCGCUUGUGUUGGUUUUGUCCUCUUUCCACUUGAAGCCACAGCUGAGAAGAAUUUUGGCUUUGAAACUCGACUCCUCGGCUGGUCACUCUCAUCUCCUCCUCCAUCUCCUGUGUGGGGAAGACUCACUUGUCUGUCAGGAGGAGCCGCAUGUCCGCACCUCUCAACAACAACAACAACAAAAAUCCAGCCAAGAACACAGAGGAGGUUCCAGACCCUCAUUUUGCCCAAGGCUCUUGUGUCAUGGCAGGAGGUUCGCGAUGUGCGCUUCUGCCGCUGUUGCUUUUGUGUGUGCUUCUCCCCACCUCUUUUGAAGAUGAGGGCUGGGCUCUGAGAGAGAUGCCUUAACUCGGGCAUCAUUACCUGAGUCACACACCUAAGCUUUUUCUUUUCUUUAAUGGCAUGAGCAAGGCUGCUCUUAAUUUGAAUAAGAUUUUGCUGAGCAUUCAGAGACUUUAGUCUGCAAUUAGAUCCUGAUGUGCAGAUUUAUUCUGCAGGCAUCACAAGGGCUCCUUUUAAUGUCCUCUUGGAGAAAGGACAGAUGGAUUUUUAUGAAACUCAUCCCCCAGGGAAAGCAGAUUUGUCCAGGUAACACGAAGUAUUCUUUUAAAGUGGGGGGGGGGGGUUUGAGAGUUGGGUGGGGUUGGAAAAGUGAUAGACGAUAUUUAGCAAUGCAUUUGCUCCGGAUUGUGUGUUGCGAAAGGGUUCCUACCUUAAAUCUGUGAUCGCUAGUCAGCUUAGAAAGUUUAUGCGAGUUGUGGCAUUGCUUUUCUGUAAGUUGUGCUCAAGGCAAAAUUGCAGCUGCCUCAGUGGUUCUUUGCUUUGUUUCAAGCUUAUGCUUGGUGACAUAACCUUUGCCAUGUUCCCUCCCAGGACCAAUUGUUCAUUUUGCUUCAAUCUCCUUGAAAACCAUACCUGGUGCAGUUUUACAUGGAAAGAUAUCAGGUCUUGGUGGCGGUUAUAACUACAACUCUUUCUUAUUAAGGGUGCUUCUUUUUGGCGACAGAUCACUUGUGCCCUUGGGGAAAGUGUCUUUUUGAAUUGGAAGUUCUCAGUCAAAUGUGAUGCUUCGUUUAACUUAAUGCUUAAUGGAAGGCACUUGAGGGCAGCAUUGUUGAUCAGUCAACUGCUGAGUAUAUAAGGACAACUGGCAUAUUGUCAUCUUCCUGUUUGGCAGUGUGGUCUGCAAAUAAAAUAAACGUGUCCCUUCAUAAGAGGGCAUUUGGCUGUACUCAGGUGUACAGGAGGCUGUGUCUUGCUGUAUAUUCAAGUUGGGAACCAGGGAACAGCCAUUGUAUAGAAGGCUCUUUUCAUAAUGCGUUGGUGUUUGAUGGCAGGGCUAAGACUUGCAACGGGAACCGCAAAUGUUACUUUUAGAACAGAAGUGGGGUUAUCAUCGGGAGUCUUCUUGUUUUGCAUUGGCUUUGUCGGAGGCAGGAUUUCAUACGUUCUGUGGUAUUGACUUUAUUCAAAGCUGUUGGAUUCUGGCCAGAUUUGUGUGCAAGACCGAUGGCAUGCUAAACACCAGUCUUUUCGGAGAGAAAAAACGGUAGAGCGAUGUGGCUAUGUCUGUGAUCUUGGCAAAUGUUUACUCAGAAAAGUAAGUCCUGUAUGAGAUGGAUGUGACUUUAGAGCAGUGGGAAUAGGAUUGGGAUGUCAGACUGCAAUCUGGAAGAUGCUUUCUUCUGAGGAACGCAGCAUUGCUCUCAGCUGAACUUAUGCUAGAUUCCAGUUGCAAUUUGCGGCGGGGCAUUUUAUUAAACAAGUCUGUAUAAUGAGUCCUUAUGCAUCAGUUUACAUUCUUCUGAAAGCUCAGCUGGUUAGAUCAUGGUGCUGAGAACACCAAGGUUGCAGGUUCAAUUCUCUUAUGGGACAGCUGCAUAUUCCUGCAUUGCAGGGGGGUGGACUGGAUGAUCCUCAGGGUGCCUUCCAACUCUACAAUUCUAUGAUUAAAUUGUGCUCCUGUGGGGUUAAACCAUCUUGCUUUUGUUUUCUGCAUACUAAACAUUCUGUCCUUGUGCCAUUUCCUCUCACACUAAGACAUGGCACACGAAAGCUCAUACCAAGAACAAACUUAGUUGGUCUCUAAGGUGCUACUGGACAAUUCUCUAUAUCUAUAUAUAUCUACUGUGUCAGACCAACACGGCUACCUACCUGCUUCUAGAUGUUGGACUAUAGUUCCCAUAGUCUCUAACCACUGGCCAUGAUGGCUGCAGGGAGUCCAAAAGUGUUUGAAGGGGCUGCAGGUUCAGCAUCCUUGCGCUCAGAAAAGGUAUCAUAUUAUCCAUUGCCAUGAGGGUAAAAGUGAAAAUUGUAGUGUUUGCUACAGGUGAGCAAUCCCGUUGCAUGUAUACUCAGAAGUCCUACUCUGUUCACAUGGAGCUCACUUCUGGACUGCAGCCGUAGCUCAUGAUUUUGUUUUAAAUAAUAGUUUGAAUCCUGGAAUUUUUCAUACCGCCCUCAGUUCAGAAGUUCUAGUGGAUUUUCAAGGGAUUGCUAAAUUAGAUUUCACCAUUGUUGGCAGAACAGUCAAGCCCUAAAACUGUAAGGCAGGGGUCAGCAACCUUUUUCAUCCGUGGGCAGGUCCACCGUCCCUCAGACCAUGUGGUGGGCCGGACUAUAUUUUGGAGGGAAAAUGAACGAAUUCCUAUGUCCUACAAAUAACCAAGAGAUGCAUUUUAAAUAAAAUCACACAUUCUACUCAUGUAAAAACCCCAGGCAGGCCCCACAAAUAACCCUGAGACGCAUUUUAAAUAAAAGGACACAUUUUACUCAUGUAAAAACACACUGAUUCCCGGACCGUCUGCCGGCUGGAUUGAGAAGGCAGUUGGGCCACAUCCGGUCCCCAGGCCUUAGGUUGCCUACCCCUGCUGUAAGACAUUUUUUUGAAUGGCAGUUCAGCAUUAAAUAAAUUGAGAGGGUAAGAAAUUGAGAGGAUCCUUUUCUUUCAACCACUAGCUCUUUAACAUUUUAAGACCAUUUGGCGAUGGCUAAAAGUUUUCUCGCAGUUAUUCCUAUCACAGAGAUUCACAUUACUAAGAGAAAGCUACCUGCAAUAUUCUGUAGUCCUAAAAUGUGAUGGAUAGCUUAGAAAACAUCUUGACAAUCAUAAAGUUAUGCUGCAUUAGUUUAAAGUCAGUGAUUGUUUGUGAAGUUGGUUACACUCCAAUGCUUGUUUACACUCGUGUUUGAACACCACUAUUUCUCUAUGAAGUUCUUCAGCUUGGAUUGUAAAAUGUAAAAUGAAGGUUUGUACAUGAAUGGCCAUAGAUCAGCUACCUAGAGCUAGUUACUUUGUAUUAUAUUUUACUUAUUUCAUAUAAUUUAUAUUUUAUUUAAUUCAUAUAAUUUAUAUACCUCCUGAUUGUAAAAUAAAAAACCUCAAAGAAGUUUACAAAAGGUAAAACAGUAAAAAAUAAAUAAAUCACAACCAUACAAAAGUUAAAAUAAUGCUCUUCCCUAGGAGACCUGCCUGGUGCCUUCAUUAGACAUCUUUAGGCAUCAGGUGGAAACAUUCCUCUUCAACCAGGCCUUGGGCUGAUUAAUAUUUUAAUAACCCUGUUUAAUGUGUUUGUGGGAGGGGAAGGGGGUAGGUUUGCCAUAUUUCAAAAAGUGAAAAUCCGGACGGAAAAGUUUUUUUUUUAAAAAAAGCUAUUUUUGAGGGAAAUUGGCAAAAAAUGACACUGCUGACAUCAGUUGCCAUACGCCUGGGACAUUUAGCCGAUUUCCACCCAGACACUGCUUUCGACUGCGGUAUUCCGAGUAUGGGAAAUUCCGGACGUAUGACAACCCUGGCGGGGUGGUAUUGAUUUGUGGUUUUUUGGGUUAUUGUUUUCAUUAUCCAUUUUUUAUUAUUAUGUUGUGAAAACCGCCCUGAGUUCUACAGAAGAAAGGCGGUAUGCAAAUUUAAUAAAUAUAAAUGAAUGAAAUGAAAUGAAAUACUAAAAUGGAUUAAAAUUAGCUCAACUUUCAAAGCAUCUGGGUAGGCUUGUCUAAACAAGAAUUGUUUUAGCAGGAUGGCAGUGCUCCAUCUCCCAACCCAUUCCUUCACUGCUACCUUAAACUGAAAUAGAUUGGGUGGUCAGGGUUCUGUUCUGUAGCAGGGCAAGGAAACUGGGGAACCAGCAGGUGGGUUGGCGGCCAGUGUGUUGGUCCUAAUAUAGUGGGAGGGAGAUAGUGACUACGGAGAGAUGAAAGUUGAAAUGAAAGCAAUGACUGGGUUGAGCAAGAGAGUCCAAGAUUACUGAAUCGCCAUCACAUUUUGAUUUUGUAGGAAAGCCACUGUUGUGUAUUUUGCUUUUGCUAUCUUAAAUUGUUUUGAUGAUUAAUUUGCUGUAUUUAUUGUACUUUUAUUUUACCUGUUUAAAAAACAAUGUGUCGUUCUCCAUUUUGGAGUGUUCAGGAGCAGGUGCUGUGGGUCAAAAGUGGUAUAUAAACAACCCAGAAAAAUGAAGACUUAACACUCUUUGCCAUGGGAGACUAACUCUGGACUAUAUCACCACAUUAUCCCAGCAAGGCACAGAGCCCUUACGGCUGUCAUGUUUUCCUAUCUCUUCUCUCUCUCUCUCUUUUUGCAAAUUAUUCAAGCAGAAAACAAGGCAGUGGUUAUGAAGUAAUUACACACACAAUGGAAGACUUAUUUCCAGCUCUUGCUAAAUGCCUUUUAGCAUUGUGUGUGCAUAGUUCACUGUGCCAAUUGACCCUUCAGACUUUAAAACUUGACACAGGGCAGCUGUCAGAAAUAUACACAUUUCACUGUCUUUUGAGAAAAUACGGUCUCGUUUUUCCUCAAAGAACCUGCAGCUCAGGGGAGAGAUUGAGUUACUGCCAAAUCCUGUGCUUUGUUGAUAGCUCUGAAGAUAAUUCUUUCUACGUUCUUUUUUUUUUUAAAAUGGCGCAUUUGCGCAUUUUAUUUGGGGCGGAUGGUUGCAACGAGAGAGGAUGCUUACAAAAGCUUUGAUUUUUGACAGAUUUUAAUGUUAUUGGCUGUUCCACUUAUAAUCUGAAUGGGGGUGGUAUUUGCCUGUGUGCUUUUUCAUUUUAGGUUGAAUUCUUCCCUGUCUCUCCUUCCUCACCACUCCUAACCAUUUACAGCAGAGGGAACACCACCCAAUAUGAUUUUUAUCUUGCCCUGAUACUGCUCCCACUGCAUGUACAAUUUGUCAUGUGUCUGUCAUGUGAGGAGUAUGCACUUGUCACGUGGUGUAUGCAUUGGAGUCUGAUUGGCCUGUUGAUGGGGCAAAAGUGUGUGAUUGGUGCAAAUGACCUGACAGGACACAAAGCGAUUUCCCGCAUACUCCAUAUGGGAAACUUUUCUCCGAACAUCAAAUGCACAGUCUAGUAGGCCCAGUUUCAUCUCUAGAAAUUCAGCGUAACUAGUUCUGUCAGGGCUGAGCCUUCAGUGCCAGCCUGAGGGGAGACAAGGGACUGUGCCAAUGAAGCAGAAACACAUCAGAGCAAGGGGGAAUUGCUGUCGCUCAGAGAAAGUAUCAGAGGAAGCCUUAGGACGAGACUUCCCCUGAGCAACAGGCUUAUAUGCAUUAUGAUGUAUUUAAAUUUGAUUGGUUGGCAACUGAAUUCUAGAAAGUUCUCUAGUAGCUCAAUUGUGAUUAGCUAACGUUGGUCACGCGGGAGGUAAUCUAGUGAAGGAGAGACUCGAUUUUAUGUGAAGCAAGAUGAAUGUGUUUUAGAAUCCAGUUCCCAGGAUACUUGAGGACGAGGUAAUAUGUGAUUUUAAUGUAUGGUGUGUAGAAAGCCUUUGUGGAGAGGGGUCAUGUUGGUUGUCAUAGGCCAGGCAUCCCCUACCUUCGGAUGUUUUGGACUACAAUUCCCAUCAUCCCUGACCAUUGGUCAUGGAAGUUGUAGGCCAGAACCUCUGGAGGGCCGCAGGUUGGGGAUGCCUGUCAUAGGCCAACCAAGAACGUUUUUUUUGCAAUUGCUUUGCAAAAUAAAAUGAAGGCUUGCCCUCUAGAUGUUGCUGGGCUUACGGCUCCAUUGCCACUGAUGAUGGACCAUGCCAACUGAGGCUGAUGCAAGUUACAAGCCCAACAGCAUGCGGUGGGCACCAGGUUGGGGAAUGCUAACACAGAACAAGGUGUUGAUGCAGGGCAGGGGAGAAGACAGUGGUUCCCCUUCCAUAUUAUUAAAUAUGCAUUUUGUGAAGGAACAAAGAGAACUGUACAGCAUUGCACCGAUCUUGCACAAAUUUUGGGAAGCCCUGGUGACUGUAUGGGCAGAGCUGUCAGAUUUCAAAUUAAGGGUUCUGCCUGUAUUCCUCAGCACGGCUGCUGCCCCUCCCUUGCUUGCUGGUACAAGGCAGCCUCUAGUUUUGCAACAUAGCAGCCUAGGGAGGAGAAUGGGUCGCCAGUAGUGAUGGCAUGGGUCGAGAGGCGGAGCACCCUGAUCCUCUCCCGCUGACUCGGAGGCCCUUAGAAAAAGUAUCCCUGGCGAUCUCCUGCUUGCAAAUCCUAUUUCAAGGGCAAAUCUCUCUGAUCUGGAUCCACAGAACCUGAUGGCAAGAGGCUGAGAAAGGGCAUUUGUAUAAUUCCGUACAGUGGUACAGUACCUCGGGUUAAGAACUUAAUUCAUUCUGGAGGUCCGUUCUUAACCUGAAACUGUUCUUAACCUGAGGUACCACUUUAGCUAAUGGGGCCUCCCUCUGCUGCCGUGGUUUCUAUUCUCAUCCUGAGGUAAAGUUCUUAACCCGAGGUACUAAUUCUGGGUUAGUGGAGUCUGUAACCUGAAGCGUCUGUAACCUGAGGUACCACUGUACUAGGUAUUUUGCCAGCUUGUGGCUCAGGCAUGCUAGGGAUGGGGAAAUAGCAUUUAUUGUUGUUGUUUUUGUUAGAAUAGAUUUAUAUCCCACAUUUUUUCUCCAAGGAGUUCUAGGUGGUGGACAUGGUUCUUCCCUCAUCUCAUUUAAUGUCCCCAACAACCCUGUGAGGUAGGGUUAGGCUGAGAGGCAGUGACCAGCCCAAGGUCAUUCAGAGAGCUUCAUGGCCAAGCGGGGGUUUAAACCUGGUCUCUUAGGUCCUACUGUAACCACUACACCACACUGGCUUUCAUUGUCACUCAUAGAGUCACAAGAGCAGAAUGAAGUGUGGACAGCACGCAGGCUUUGUCACAUGUGAUUAAAAACACUCCUUGAAAGCUUAUUUCUUUCUAUUCUAUUUUUCCUGGUGCCAGCACAGAAAAGGCCAUGGUCUCAUUAUUAGAAAAUAUUCAUACAGCACUUUCCCAAAAGGUUUCCCGCAGACAGCUUCCAGGUCAUGUGGCCAGCAUGACUAAGCCGCUUCUGGCAAAGCAGAGCAGCACAUGGAAAUGCCAUUUACCUUCCCACUGGAGUGGUACCUAUUUAUCUACUUGCACUUUGACGUGCUUUCGAACUGCUUGGUGGGCAGGAGCUGGGACCGAACAAUGGGAGCUCACUCUGUCGUGGGGAUUCGAACUGCCGACCUUCUGAUCGGCAAGCCCAAGAGGCUCAGUGGUUUAGCCCACAGCACCACCCACGUCCCACCUUCAGCAGGCCUACUUUGAGUAAAAAACUCGAAUUCCACCUCAUAUAUGUCUUACCGGAGUUGCCAAUCAGCAGAAAGUUGCUUUUUGUUUAAGACCUGCUUGUUGGUUUAAAUUCCCAUUCUGUGUAAGUGUGUAGGAGAGAAAUCUGAAAUACCUGUGCUUUGUGACCCAUCCACAAGGUUUCCUGGGCUCCGCAGGCUGGUUUCUAUUCCUCAGUGGCAAAAUACAAAGCAGCAUGAGCUGUUACAACCAACAUUGUUCUUUGUCAAAUGCAUGAAGCGAACUGAGAAUGUGGUUUGUGUGUAUAGAGUAAAAAUACAGCUAUAGGUUUCCAUAAGACUUUCGCUUCAAGGACUGAUGGUAUCUUGUGUUUCAUGCAGGUUUCAUUCCUCCCCUACCCGUUUUUCAGCCCCUGGCAAUAUUUUAAGCAAAACUUAAAUUUUGUCUUAAGUACUAACUAACCUUUGUGUAUGCUGAAGGGGAAACAGUGUUUUAAGUGGGUCUGAACCCAGAUCUGGCAGUAUUGAUUCAACAGCAGACCCUCCAAGUGUCCCUAUUUCCCAGGGGCAGCAGUGGAUUUACAGAAGCCGUUCCGGUUUCUGAUUUGAUCCCGGAAUGUUCCGCUUUUCCUUAGGACGUCCCUAUUUUCACUGGGGAAAUGUUGGAAGGUAUGGAGUUAUGCGACCUCCGAGCCAAGGAGAUAAGUAACUAUACAACCUUUAGAAGACAUCUGAAGGCAGCCCUGUAUAGGGGAGUUUUGUAAUGUUUUAUUAUAUGUUGGAAGCUGCCCAGAGUGGCUAGGGCAACCCUGUCAGAUAUGCGGGGUAUAAAUAAUGAAGUUGUUGUUGUUGUUGUUGUUGUUGUGGAAUAGGACGUCCCUAUUUUCACCAGAUAAAUGUUGGAGGGUAUGAAUCAGCUGAGACAUCUUCUUGCAAAAAGUACCCCCAAAAUUACCUUUUGUAUAAAAAUAACUCUUCUUUUUGAAUGCUCCGAGAUGUCCUCACCUCAGACUAAGGCUGGUUUCCAACCAGCUCUAAGCCAAAAGUAAGCUCUUUGGAUACUACUUUGCUAGUGGACAUAACCCAGCACAUGCUUGCUUAUGGGCACAUUAAGACCUCAGAGUAAGUGGAUUUAGGGAACUAAGUAAACAAGCCGCUUUAUGAGUUUAUUCAGCAGUGAGUCACAGCUAAUGAAAAGCUUCACUUGAAACUGGUGCUUUGCAGUUAUUGGCCUGGGUCCUUUCUGGACUGCGAGUAAAUCCAGGAAGGUUUUCAUUUUGGUACUGCUUUUACACAAAAUUUGUGCAGAGAAUGAAUGCAUGCGAUACUGAAGAUCUACAUGCCUUGGGGUAGCUCUGGGUCGUUUGUGUUCCAAGAAUGACCAAAAGCCAUUGGUAUUGCAUUGUCAACCUCUAGCAUUCAGAAAUCAAGAUUAUAGUUUUAAAACACAGUUUGAAAUGUUUCGUUUAUGCUAUUGGCUUUUCAAAUAUAGAAGCCUCAAAUACAGUAAAGACUUCUUCUGAAGCUUCCCCCCCCAAAAAACAUAGGUGAUUUAUUUUUAUUUUUUACUUUAAAUAUUAUAAGCUCGGGACAAAAUAACUGGGAGGUCUUCGUUCACUGUCAAAGCACGUAUCUUAGAUUACAAUCCUGUAUGCAUUUACUUGGGAGUAAAACUCACUCAACUCAGUGGAACUUGGUUCUGAAUGCAUAAGAUGGACUUGUUCAGGCAUCCCCAACCAGCAGCCCUCCAGAUGUUUUGGCCUACAACUCCCAUGAUCCCUAGCUAACAGGACCAGUGGUCAGGGAUGAUGGGAACUGUAGUCCAAAGCAUCUGGAGGGCGGAAGGUUGGGGAUGCCUGCAUUGUUAGACAAACAAAGUCCUAGGUUAGACCUGUUGUCUGGUUCCCAGGAGUUUCAGGCAUUCAGAUCAGACAUCCCUGAGUUAGAUAGGCCAAUCAUCUGACUAGUUACAAGGCAGAUAUUUUAAUGUAUAAUUAAGCUCUAAGCACAAUGCCUCUUGGAAAAAAUAUCAAGAUAAAAGUUUAAUUAAAAUUCAGUUCAUCCUCUCCCAGAUCUCUUUAGAGCUUGGUCAACAAAAAGCUAGUCUAAGUUGGAGGUUGUGCAAUUCUUGGUUUCUUCCUUCUUCCUUUCUUUCUUUCUUUCUGAAAAAGAGAAUGGAAUGUUUAUUAAAAUAUAUGUUCUGAAAGCUUAGGUGGUAAGUUCCAUCAUGGCUGGAGGGCAGCCAAUGAGAGGGCCUCUCUGUUCCCUUCCUGCAUAAUGAUAUAUCCCUAGCAGUAAACAGUGAUUGGGCAAGAGGGUGGAAGCAGUUAGUUUGAGUGUGCAAGCCCUUUGCAUGGCUAAAAGUGUUCCAGAUAAAACAAUGAGGUAUUUCUGAAGAAUUCAAAGACUGUGAUUCUUCUUCUUGUUUUAAGUUAUAUGAAGUUGGAACAUGAUAGGAUAGCAAGCUUUUCCACCAGAGCAAAGAACAGCAACAUAACUGCAUGUUCAAAAUGUUUGACAAGCACACCAGUUUUUGAGAAACUGCUUUUCUGUCUCUGCUGCUGUGUGCAGUGGGAACUAGCAGACCCUCCAGACCAUUGUCUCAACGUACCCAGGGCUCAUCCUCCCACUCACUUGGCCUGUACUCUGUAUCCUGUACCAAUUAAUCCCCCAUGGUUCAAGAGUUUUUCUCUUCAUUUUGUGGGUGUGCCUUGCAAAAAUCCAAUCUUACCCACUGAAUCAGAAUCUUACCAGAUGCUCAGAAAAUCCAAAGAGGGGUUUGGCUUAAGUGAGCCUCAAUUCAGCAGGUAAGGUCGGAUUUUUGCAAGGCACAACUGCGGAACAAUGAGAAAAGUUCUUGGACCUGCAUGGGGCAAUUAAUUGGUACAUAAUGCAAACAAAACGUGGAUGAGCCCUUAGUUGGGUUCCUUGCACAGCCUCGCAUGUGUGGUGGAAGUGCUUAGACGUGUGCACGGACCUCUUUGGGUCCCAGCCCAAAGUGUGUUUUGUAAUUGUGUGUUUUGUUUCAUCUCCCUCUCUAUGAAGCAAAAGGCCUGUUUUGGUUCUUCAGAAUGAAACGCUCUACUCCCAGAGGCGACCCUACACCAGCGAGGACGAAGCUUGGAAGUCCUUCCUUGAAAACCCUCUUACAGCAGCUACCAAAGCCAUGAUGAGCAUCAAUGGGGAUGAGGACAGCGCUGCUGCCUUGGGACUGUUGUAUGACUAUUACAAGGUAACAACAUUGGCACUUGCCUAGGACUCGUAAAACAGGCCAGCAGAGUGUGCUUUGUUGUUUCACAUGCCUUCCUUAAAGGGGAGAAAGGCCAUGCCUUUUACCACUUAGCUGGGAACAUGAUACAGCUGCUUUUGUAGUGGCUACAAAUAAUAAAAUAGCAACUUCUGGUUAGAUGACUCAAAAAGGAAAAACAAGUAUUGGAUAAAGUAACUUUUCCAGUUUUAUAAGCAACCUGUUCUGGAAUCUCUCUUUAACAGGGCAAGGCGUUGGUAGUAGUUGGCAUACUUUGCUUUUGGGUUCUCUCUCUCUCUCUCUCUCUCUCUCUCUCUCUCUCUGUGUGUGUGUGUGUGUGUGUGUCUUCCCUUUUCAGUGAUGGCCAUUGAAACAGAUUGGCAGGGAAAUGCUCCUUCACACAACAUGUGAUUGAUUUAUGGAAUUCCCACAGCCAUACAAUAACAUUGAAAGCCGAACUGCCCCCCUUUAAUGCUCUUAGACAUAUUCAUAAAGGACAUGCUCUGUGUGUAGCACCGUAUUUCAGAGGCAGCAGGCCAGUUACUGGGGGCAGAGGCAGAAGAGGGCUCUUGCCUCCAUCCUGCCCUGCUUGUGGGCUCCCAAAGAGGCAUCUGAUUGGCUGGUGUGGAGAAGCAGGCUGCUGGGGUAGAUGGUCUGUUUGGCUCAUCCAUUAAAGCUGCACUUACAUUUUGACUUGUCCGUGCCUAAAUUGUAGUAUAUCUCCUGGGAAAUGAGCCCCUAAUUCUUUGUCUUUUCAACCCACCUUCCUUAUAAACAACUGCUGAGCUCUGGAAGGUUUCGUCAUUCUGGGUUUUCCUUUAGUGGAUUAAAUGGAAGAGGUGCUAACCUGUUAGAAAUGUAAUGUAUCACUUGGUUAAAGCUAAGCUGAUGUGUGGAGUUCUCUUCUACCAGAUGCAGCUGCAGCUGCGGCCAAGGCCCUUUUGAAUUAAAGUUGCCAUCAGGGACAGCCUUUUGAGGAGCAAAUCAGUACCCUCUGUUUGCUCACUUCUUCCUUUUCCUCUUCAUUGAGUCAGGAGAGAGUCUCCAAGCGUAAUCCUCCUUUGCCUUGCUCUGGUAGCUUUGCACUGUCUUGUGCUUUGUACUAGAGAUAAGUAGGACUCCAAUUCCCAUCAAACCCACCACCACCAGCAAUAGUCAUUGGUCAGGAGUGAUGUGGGUUGCAUUGCCAACAACAUCUGGAGGGCCACACGUUCCCCCACACCUGAUUUAUGUAGAAUUGCAGCAGUUAUCAGUAUGUGUACCCAGUGCCAUGUGUGUGCCUUUUGACUGACCAGAGCAUGUCCCAUUUGGAAUGCCCCAUUCUCUUCCUCUUUCCAAGCAUUUGAGUGCUUCCCAGUUCCAAAACUGGGGGUGGGAGAGCAUGGCCCCUCACCCUUGGUUGGCCAGGUGAAGAAAUAAUCAUCAUCAUAAUAAUAAUUUAUUUAUACCCCACCCACUCUGGGUUGGGUUUCCCCAGAAACUCUGAGCGGCUUCCAACAAAAUAUAAAAAAUACAAUAAAAGAUCAAGCAUUAAAAACUUCCCUAAACAGGGCUGGUUGGGUUUCCCCAGCCACUCUGGGCGUCUUCCAACAAAAUAUAAAAAAUACAAUCAAAGAUCAAACAUUAAAAACUUCCCUAAACAGGGCUGCCUUCAGAUGUCUUCUAAAAGUCAUAUAGUUGUUUAUUUCCUUGACAUCUGAUGGGAGGGCAUUCCACAGGGUGGGCGCCACUACCGAGAAGACCCUCUGCCUUCAAAAAGAGCUCCUUCAACUCUUAAUAGCUAUGUAAGCGCCCGAAUUCAUAGAACUGAGGGGACAUGGAAAGACUGUUAAUUAUGAGCUCCAGGGCAACAGAGCCUCAUGUUAACAGUGGUCCCUAAAACUAGUGUCGCCCACUACAACAUAGAAUAAGAAUAGAAUAUCAGAGUUGGAAGAGACCCUGAGCAUCAUCUAGUUCAACCCCCUGCAAUGCAGGACUGUGUUGCCGUCCCGUACAGGGAUUGAACCUGCAGCCUUGGUGCUAUCAGCACCACACUCUAACCAACAGGCUCAGUUCUGUGCUUUAAUAUAUGCUUGCUCUGAAUACCCCAAAACCAGUCAGACUGGCUAUAGGACUCGAGGGGCUACUGGUCUGAUCCGUCAGUGUUGUUGUCCAACCGCCACCAGCUCUUAGCUUGUAAAUAAUAAUAAAAAAGCUUUCACAAGCCUUUCAUAAGAAGAGUUGGGCAACAAGAGAAACUUAGCUUCGCGGCUGUGGGCCUUGGAAGCCUCCUUAACAAGCACGCACUCAUCUCUGAGCAAGGAAAGGUAUCACCCUCAAGCUUUUCUACAGACAAAUCAUCGUGUUAAGGUUGAGCUCCUACCUACUAACUGGGUGUGUUUGCAUUAAAUGUUUUCUUUUUGUGCUUUGUGUGGGUGUAAAGAAAAACAAAGCCAAGCAGACAGAUUAAGUUGUAAUAAGUUAGUAACCACAUUUUAGCUUGGCACGUCUUCCAUACCUCCCUGCUCCAUUUGGGAAAAUCCAGGGGGGGAAAUCAGUGGGUUAAGGAAUGCUGCCCUUUCUCUGCUUGCCCUACUUUCUUGUAAAUGCCACCCUGAUCCUAAUUAGCAUUACAAGCCAAAGACAGGUUUUGGAAAUACGAUUCCCACCCCCCACCCCCUUUUAAUGUGCAUGUCCACCCCUAAUGUGUGGGCCAAUGUGAUGUAGUGAUUCAAGUGUUCAAAGCUCCACUUGGCCAUGAAUGAACAUCACUUGGGUCCCCAUGGUGCAGUCACUGCCUCUUAGUCUAAUCUUCCUCACAGGGUCCUUUGGGGAAUACAUAAGACAGUGGAGGACCAGGUACACUGCCUUGAGCACCUUUGGAGAGAGAAAAAAGGCAGAAUAUAAAUGCAAGAAAUAAAUAAAUGCAAAGAAGGGUUUAGCUUGGAUGCGUAACAUGAGAAUUUCUGAAAUGUGUAAAUUACCAAUGAAAGAUCCACAUUCUGAAAAUUGCAGCCCUUACUUAGAACCCUAGAAUUGUAUAGUUGGAAGGGAUUGUGAGGAUCAUCAAGUCCAUAGCUGUCAACCUUCACUUUUUUUGUGAGACAUUCCCUUAUUCCAGCGCCAUUUCCGGCUGCUUCCUGCUGCUAUCCUGGAUUGUUAGAUAUCCCGUAGACUGUCCCUGGGACAGGUGAGGCUGCUGAUCUCUUAUUUUUGAGGCUGCUGAUCCCUUGUUUUCAAAUCUGAUCAAGUCCAACCCCCUGCAGUGCAGGGAUAUGCAGCUGUCCCGUACGGGGAUCGAACCUGGAACCUUGGUGUUAUUAGUUAUUAGCUCUAACCAACUGAGCCAGGCUGACUUCAUGGUUGACUUGCAAGGGAGCUUACACUUUCGGUUCUGUGCUCUUCCACUGCCCACCACCCUAAACAUAUGCAGCAUUUUAAUCUCUGUCUCACUCAGAUUUGCUAAGCUUGUGCCGGAAGCCAUUUACUAUAGCAUUUAAGAAGUUUUCAUCAGCUACACUGUCAUUUACGUGGUGCGCAUUUGCCAGGCAAAAUGUUUAAAUGCAAGGGUGUUGCUGAUACAGCAUAUUUCAGAGCUGGAGGACGUCGAGCUAAUUCCACCUCAUGUGAAAAUUAGUUUGUGAAUCUAGUCUUCAAAGUAGAAACUGGCAACUGUUGAAAUUAUGGUUUCUGCUUAUAUACUUCACGCUUUAUUUGUUUCAACCAGCCUUUAAGCCAGUGUUUCUUAAGAGGGGAGGAAAACGUGUGAUGUUUGCAUUAUUCGGAAGCAUUUAGCAACUUACAGAUACAGGAAUGAGCAGAAUUUGAAAUACAAGCAGUGGUAGAAAAUUGAUAAUAUAUUAAACAGAAGAAUGUCUUAGGUGAAAUGUUUAUUAGAAUACAGUAUGUAAAUGGGAUGGGAUUAAGAAUAGCAUGGAGGGAAAGAUGGGAAGUCAAAGCUUAAAGAGAAAUGCAUAAAAGAUUUGGAAUCUGGAAUUCAUAUGUAAAGAUUUUAAAAUUUAAUUAAAAAAUUGACUCCCCCAUCCAAAAAAGGGGGGGGGUGAGAGCUUGUUCUUUAAAAGGGAAGGGUUGUACCCAGAAAUGUUUCUCUUGGACUAGACCCAUUGCAGUCAGUGGAUAAUUGCUUUCAAUGGGACUACUUUGAGCCUGACUUAAUCAAACGCAACCCAGGCUUUGGAAUAGAGGCAUGGAGGAAAGAGUUAGAAUUUUGGAAGUUUACGUGAUGCUUUGCCACGAUGAUCCCAAACCUGUUUGGGAAGCAGUUCUGCGACUUCCAACUCAUCUUUUCUGCUAGGCUUGGGACACAAGGUAGAGGAGAUGACGAAUCAAGUUAUUCUCCGCAGACAGUUGCAAAGCCAGAAUCAAAAAGCCUGUGCUUUUAAAUAAUAUCAGCAGUAGGUAACAUAUCUCUUGUCUUUCCCGUUGCUACUUUGUGGUAAUGCUUUGAAUUAAAAGAGAACUUGCUUAUAUAAUGUUCUCCUACUAGGUUUCAGUUCAUUAUUUUGUGUGUUGUUGUUUUUUGUACUUGAAGGUUCCCCGGGAAAGGAGAACGUCAGCAGUGAAACCAGAUGUAGAUCAUUCUGACCAAGAACAUGGCAAAAGGUUCAGUAUUCAAACUUGAAAUGUUUUUUUUUAAAAAAAAAGAAAGUAAGAAAGAAAGAUAGUUGGAGGCAACAGCAUCUCGAAGGCCAGAGGUUCCCCAUCCCUGCUCCUCAGGUAUCACAUGAAUGAAGUUUGGCCAACGGUAUCCACUCUUGUCCUUGCCUGGUGGCAGGCAGAGCAAAGUAAAUAGAGAUGAGUAGGUCCAUGUUGGCAGGCCUGACCAUUCACAAGAGGAGAAGCACUAGAAUGCCUAGAGUCCUAGGAGUUCUCUUUGUGGCCAGGAACCCUGUCAGUCAAGGUAAAAAGAUCAUAGAGCUGCUGUGGAAGAUGCAACGUAACUUGAAAAGUUGGAGGUGCAUGAUGAGUUUCAACUGCCUCUUUUCUUGAUAGCUCCAGGUUGCCACAAAUUUAUUAAUAAUACUCCCAUGAUGGAAACACAUAUAUUGGAAAGAUGUUGUUCUGCCUGUUCCUUUGUGGAAUGUACCUAUUGAUGGGGAUGUCUUCAGCCUAGGCUUGGAAAGCCAUGGCUGCACAUCAAUGGCAUGAUUGUUUUUACGGUAGCUUGUGAAUGGAGUCAAGGCAUUGGAAGACAACUUAAAAGGAUAGACUGUUCAUUUCCCUUUACUCUGUCUGGUCCACAUCUACUCACCCAAAAUGGGUUGGCUCACGUCAUUCAGAUUGUAGUGAGGUAACGGCAGGGAGCAGGCAGGUCUGUGCUAGAAACAGAGUUGCUGAAGGAUGAGGGGAAAACCCGACACCUUUACAGGUAAUGAUUUCUCCAGUACUGGAUGUAUCAGAAUUAUUGCAUCAUUAUGUUGAUGCGUAAAAUGCACUCCAUGUGAAUUUUAAAGCUAUUUAUGUGAAUAGUCUUUGGCUGCACACAUUUUAUUCUGAAAUCAAUGGAGACUGAGUACUUGCAUUUUGUACAUUAUCCACACACAAUCUAGUUUUGUUGCAUUGUUGUUGUUUUUUGCCCAUCCUGAGAAACUGGAAAUAAAAUUUCAUUGCAGAUUUAUUCUGAGUUACCCUGCAGUGUGUCCAUUUGAAAAGAGAUGGUCCUGGUAAUUGGGGUGGGGGUUGCAUCCAUGCAUAUCCAGUGAUGUUGUGGGUCAUACCAAGAUGGCAAUCACCACUUCCUUCGUUCACCCGGGGCAUGUGCCUGGAGGAAAAGGCACGAAUAACAUAAUCAACGGGGAGGGUUUUCAAAUGUGUAUCAAGUAAUUAUACAUGGCUUCGUGGAUGGCAGGAUCUAGACUAAAUCAAGAUUGAAAGCAGCAUGUUGAAGAAGAGCAUUAAAGAUUCUGGAUUGAGAAAAGCUACGGUUUUUGUGCUACAAAUGCGUUGGUGUGUAUGCAGCCGUUCUCUCACCAGAGUAUAACCAGAACAAGAAAGCUCAGUGGAGAAAAACUCAAAGGCAACUGAACACUGGUGAGGGCUCAUCAUUAAGUCUACCUAGUGGCAGUGAAGGCAGCAAAGAAGGCAGACUUUGCUGCUCCAUUGCGUCCACAUGGUGCUGUCCAGCAGAGCUUUUCCGGGUAGUGCAGGACCAUUUAUAGUCUGGCCUAAAGGAGGUGGCAGAACUGACAGUAGUUUGCUGUGACUUGUUUGCAAAGCAUUUUGAGGAUAAAAUUGCUUGCAUCCGCCAGGACUUGGACUCCACUGUUGAAUCUCGAGAGGUUACCCAGAGUACUGUCUAGUCCUGUUACGUUGGAUGAGCUUCAGUUAGUAAGGCUUGAGGAUGUGGACAAGGUGCUUGGAUCAAUCAGGGCAACCACAUGCUCUAUGGACCCUUGCCCCUCUUGGCUCAUAAGAAAAACUAGCAGGGAUGGACAGCUGGCUGGGUCAGGGAGGUGAUUUACGGCUCCCUGCAAGAGAAGGUGGUCCCUGCCAGCUUGAAGGAGGGAGUAGUAGAAUCAUUCCUCAAGAAAAGCCUCAUUGGAUUUGGAAAAUCGAAGUAAUUAUUGGCCAGUUGCCAAUCUCCCCUUAUUGGGCAAGAUUCUUGGGUGGGUGGCUGCAGAUCAGAUCCAGGCGCUCUUGGAGGAAACUGAUUUUCUAGAUCCAGUUCCACUGGGGUUUAGGCUCGGUUUUGACACAGAAACUGCUUUGGUCGCCCUGUAACUCUGUCAGAAGAGAGACAGUGGAAAUGUGUGCUUGUUAGUUCUUCUUGACCUCUCAGUGGCUUUUGAUACCACUGGCUAUAGCCUUCUGGAGAGGCCGUCUGAGUUGUGGGUGGGUGGCACUGCUUUACAGUUGUGCCAAUCUUACUUGGAUGGUUGUUUCCAGAGAGUGAUGCUCUUUGGCCCUGUUAAGCCUUCAACAUGGGGUUCAUCAGGCUUUGAUUUUAUCCCCUAUGCUGCUUAUAUCUAUAUGAAACCGCUGAGUGGGGUCAUCUGAAGUUCUGGAGUAUGUUGUCAGUAAUGUACUGAUGACACACACCUCUGCUUCUUUGUAUCUGCAGGUGUGGCAGUAGAUGUGCUGGACUGUUGUCUUGCCUUGGUAAUGGCCUGGAUCAAAGCCAGUAAACUGAAGCUCAAUCCAGAUAAGGCUGAGGCACUGUUAAUGGGUGGUUCCUUAUACCAGAUGGAUGGAAGGUUGCCUGCUUUUGAUGGGGUUACAUUUCCUUUGAAGUGGCAGGUACACAGCUUGGGGAUACUUCUGGACCCCUUGCUGUCACUUGAGGCUUAGGUGGCCUUGGUGGCAUGGAAUGCCUUCCAUCAGCUUCAGUUGGUGGCACAGCUGUGCCCCUAUGUGGACAGGUAUAGCCUUACCUCUGUCAUCUGUGCUCUGGUAACCUCUAAGUUAGAUUAUGCAAUGCGUUAUACGUAGGGCUGCCUCUGAAGAUGGUUUGGAAACUGGACCUGGCACAGAAUUCAGCAGCCAGGUUGCUCAAUGAGGCAAGACAGUUGAGCAUAUAACACCAAUACUGACCCGACUGUACUGUCUGCCAAUUAGUUUCCGGGCCUAAUUCAAAGUGCUGGUUUUGACCUUUUUAAGGCCUUAGACGGCUUAGGACUGCAAAACCUCUAGGACCGCAUCUCACUGUACAAACUGACCUGGAUCCUACAACCAUCGUCUGAGGCUCUUCUUUAUAUGCCUCCUCUGCAAGAGGUCUGGAGGGUGGCAACAUGAGAACAGGCAUUUUCUUCAUUAGCUCCCUAUUUGUGAAAUGCUCUCCCCAGGGAGGGUAGCCUGGCGCCUUCAUUACAUACAUGCAUCUUCUCCCAGACCUUUGGCUAACUAAACAAUCCAUAGCCUUUUAAACUGGGGUGGGUGGGUGUGUUACUGUUUUUGUUUGUUAUUAUGGUAUGUCUUUUUGUGUUUUUAUAUUGUAAACCGCUCUGUGAUCUUCGGAUGAAGGGCAGUAUAGAAAGUUAAAUAAGAAUAAUAAUACACUGGGAAACCCCAAUGUAUGAUCUGAAGGCACAUGAGGCCAUCAUCUUGCUGAAGUUAAGCAAAUCCAGUGCUUGGAUUGGGUACCUGCGAACCUCAUGCAUGCUGCCUUGGUUCCAUGAUGGAAGAUAUAUGGGGUAUUAAUGCAGGGCUGGCUCAAGACAUUUUGGCACCUGAGGUGGGCCCCCAAAUGGCACCUGGCUCCUUGCCAGGGAAGAAGCCAUGAAGGAGAGCUACACCAGGAACAAGGAGGGAAGGAAGAUUGACAUUGGAAUCUGCUGCCCUGGUGGAUUCUGCCGCCUGAGGCAGUCACCUCACUUUGUCUCAUGGGAUGGCCGGCCCUGUAUAAAUGUAAGACGGGGGAAAUCCUUCCCAGAGAAGGGAGCUGAUAUGAGGCAAGCUUGGGUUCCAGGGCCUGCCAUUUUAGAAAUUUUUUCCGCCUCCCACUCCCAAGUGCUUAAUCUGCCACCUCUCAUUUGUUUAGGAACUGUAUACCGAACAUGGCGGAACAGUCGCUCAUUUCUGCUGGGGAAAACCGAGUGCAAGUCUUGAAAAACAUGCCUUUGAAUAUCGUUCUUCCGCACACUUCCCAGAUGGGUGUUGACAAGCGGGGCCACCUGACUACUCCGGACACGACUGUCACGGUCUCCAUCGCAUCCAUGCCCACCCAUUCGAUCAAGACGGAAACUCAGCCGCACAGCUUUACAGUGGGCAUCCCUCCAGCUGUCUAUCACCCAGAGGCACCUGAGCGGGUGGUGGUUUUAGACAGGAGCCUGAGUGCUGACCAGUUUAGCUCCAGCGCCCAGCCUCAGAAUUCCCAGCGCCGUACUCCGGAUUCCACCUUCUCAGAGUCUUUCAAAGAAGGCGUGCAAGAGGUACAGAAACAACGUGCCUCUUUUGCUGAGCAUGCUCUGUCCAGCACUUGACACAUUGAGGGUGGCUGGGUUUGCCACGGGAGCACAAAAAAGCCACAGGCUGCAGUGUUGAGCUGCAGAAAUGUGGCUUCUGGAGCAUCUUGAAAGUAAAUUGUUAAGGUUGUGAUCCUGUUGAAUUCCAUAGAACUUUCUAAAUAGGCAUGCACAGGGUUGCACUGCAAUUUACAGUGGAACCUUGGUUCUCGAACUUAAUCCGUUCCGGGAGUCCAUUCGACUCCCAAAACUGUUUGAAAACCAAGGCCUGGCUUCUGAUUGGCUGCAGGAGCUUCCUGCACUCAAGCAGAAGCCACGUUGGACGUUCGACUUCCGAAAAACGUUUGCAAACCAGAACACUUACUUCCGGGUUUACGGCAUUCAGCAGCCAAUUUGUUCGUCAACCAAGCCAUUUGAGAACCAAGGUACCACUAUACAUGUAUUUAAGAAAAGCAGCUUUUGAACCCUUAAUGCAGUGGUGGAGAUCCAUUUUUCAGCCUCAGGGCCAUAGGCUAUCAUGGGUGGUUUUCUGGGGGGCUGCAUAUCAGUGGUGGGCGGGGCCUGAAGCAGAAGUGGGCGGAGCAAUGUACAAGAAUCGUUUCUUCAUACAGUAAACUAAAUUCGGUUCGUGCAAAAGCCAGAGCUUUCACUACAUGCAUACUCAUGUGCAAGGCACAUGUUCUCUCACAUUCUCUCUGUCUCUCUCUCUCUCACACACACAACCUUCCAUCCAGGCAAGAAAGAGGCAUUUCAAGGACACAUUCCAGCCAGACAACAGCAUUCAAAAGUUGCAGGACAGAGUAGUGGGUGUCACCUGGGCGAAAGCCCUUGGAGCCAAAUAAGAGAUGCCUGAACGGCUGCAUUUGCCCCCUGGGCCAGAGGUUCCCCACCCAGUUUGCAGAUAGAUUCAAAGCAGUUUGGUAGACCUUGGCUGACAAACCUCUGAAGUCAGAGCAGUCGAUGAAUAAUAUAUAUUUUUCCCCAGUGGCCUUCUCAGUUACUAGCAAAAGCAGAGUAAAUCGUGUCGGGUAGUAAAAACUUUGAAAUAAAUUUAUGCUGAAUAAGGCAUCAUGCAAAUUCGAUUUAGUUUAUAAAAACUAAAUAAAUACAGGCGGCUCACGUAAUCACAGAAAGUUUGACCUUUUUCUUAAAAGUCCAGAAUGCCUACAAGUCCUGCCGAUAAAUAACUAUUGCAUCCCUUCUUCCCCUUGCCCCUCUGAUUUAGCGCACUGCUCCUUAAUCUGUGCAUGGGUAUCAGGUUCUCUUUAAUUCUUAUGUAAACCUGAAAUAUCAAUCCGGUGGAUUAGAAAUAGAAGAUUUUCUCAAAGGCCUGUGGGUGUAAUGUACUAAAUUUAAAACAAAAGCAACCACUAUAGAAUGCGAAAUCACUAGCAAAAGCACAUGGCUCAUUUUACAGGGCAGAGAGAGAGCUCCUUCAGCUUGAAUGUGUGGUAAUGAUAUCGGCACGGCAGGAAUAUGUACAUGAUCUGUGUGUGUGUGUGUGUGUAAAAAAAAAGUGUGCUAAAUGCAGCAUCACAGAAAGAAACAGCUGUGGACCUAAGCGUAAAACCCUCUAAAACUCAGAAUACCUUGUUCAAAUGUCAGAACUGGAGCUAAGCUUUUUCUUCUUAUAGGGCUCUUGAAAGAUAUUGGAAAUGCCGCACUUUGAAAGUGUGAAAAUCAGCUUUUUCCACAGUGCCCUGCCUUGUGCUGGCCUAGUUUUUUCUUUCCCCCACCCCUGGUGCACAUAUUAAGUGGACGGCAGUAAACAUGCCAAGUUAAAGGGCAUGUUAAACACUUCAUUAAUGAUAAAUUUAGGACUGGACCACUGUUGUUAUUAUUUUUUUAAACUGCCAACUAUGCUUGAAACAAUUAUUAAUACUUUCAGGUUUUCUUUCCUGCCGAACUGAACCUCCGGAUGGCCGGCAUGAAUUCUGAAGACUACGUGUUUGAAAGCAUUGCUGGGUAAUCUCCUAUCCAUUAGAUCCAACUGUUGUGAAAUUCUCUACCUCCCUCUCUGGCGCACAGUAGGGCUUGACUUGGCACGCCCUCAGUAUUGCUCUGCCUUCUUGCUUACGCUCUCUGCUCAUGCUUGUGGAAUGGAAGACGUGAACCCCGUGGGUGGCAAGCUGAGUGGAUGAUCACCUGGACUUGCCUAGGUUUUAGUGUUAUUCCCUGACAUGUUGCACUGACUGCUGGGCUGAGUACACAGCCAUACAUUUAAAGCACACGACUUCUCUCAGGAUUCUUUGGGAGAAGCCAUGUGCUUUAAUUGUAUGUUGUGUGCAGCCUGGGUUUCUGCUGUUUGAACCUCGAGCUCAGGAGAACUAGCAUACCCGCCACCAUUUCCCCAAUGAAAAUACGGACAUCAUGUUCCAUCAUCAUCAUUUUAUUAUUUAUAUGCCGCUGAGAUGAGCUUGGGCAAGUCACCGUCUUGUCCUAUCCUACUGCAUGGGUAUGUUGUGAUUGGUGAUGAUAACAGGAUAUUGCCCCAUGUACACCAGCUUGAGCUCUUAGAGCAUGGUGUGAAUUUGGCUGAUAGACAGAUAAUCGCCGUAUGCCUGCUCAGAAGAGAUUUAUAGGGUGUAAAAGCAUAACUCAUAAAGUGUCUAUAAAGAGAGAGCUUUUUAACUUACCCUUUGUUCCCCCUGCCCAAUAUCUUUGAAUCAUGAUUUGCUAGUCCUAAAUAAACAGAUGUCAUGAUUUAGAAUGCCAUUACACUAAAAAGUAGCAUUUGUGUACACUUUUGUUUAUCUGUUAUGUUCAGAUUCUUUCCAGAUAUAAUUGGCUCCUAAGGCUUCCCCCUUCUGGUUUUUCAGGAACAACUUCGAAUACACACUGGAAGCUUCUAAAUCGCUUCGGCAGAAGCCCGGAGAUAAUACAAUGACGUAUUUAAACAAGGGCCAGUUCUAUCCCAUUACACUGAAGGAGAUGAGUGGUGGUGAAGGAAUCCAUCAGCCCAUCAGUAAAGUUCGAGUGAGUUGGCACACUAGGAACUAUGUGGGAGGAGAAGCUGGCAGCAGUGGCGGGCUUUGGGCUCUUAAAUUCCGACACUAAAAUUCACCCCCAGGCCUUUCACAUUCCAUUCUGCAGUAUUGUUGUGGCACCCCCUGCAGUGUGGCAUCUAGUGCGGCCGAACCAGUCGCGUGCCCUAAAACCACCUCUGCUGUAAGUGCAGUGAAAAAUUUUAGGAGUCCAGCGGAAGUAGUCAGCGAUGUUCCCAAAAGGGUGUGCAGUGAUUCUGGCAGUAAGCUAGGCACAAUGUUCUGCAUCAGCUGUAGUUUCCAGUCAUUUUCAAGAGUGAAGAGCAUAUUGCAGUAACCUAAUUUAAACUUGAUAUUGCAAAUAUGCACAAUGGGUUGUAAUCAGUUAAGCCAGAUAUUUGGAGUAGACUUGAAAUCAAUGGGCUAAAAGUAGGAAUGGAGGAGAAAUUAUAUUCAGUUCACACUGAAAGAAAAAAACCAAAAACCUACCUGUGGUAAUUUGCAGCUUCCAAAACGACUUGAGAACUAGCGAUCCCUCAAAAUUUACUCUUCUUUAGAUUUUGCAAUAGGGACGCGGGUGGCGCUGUGGGUUAAACUACAGAGCCUAGGACUUGCUGAUCAGAAGGUCGGCGGUUCAAAUCCCCGUGACGGGGUGAGCUCCCGUUGUUCAGUCCCUGCUCCUGCCAACCUAGCAGUUCAAAAGCACUUCAAAGUGCAAGUAGAUAAAUAGGUACCGCUCCGGCGGGAAGAUAAACGGUGUUUCCGUGCGCUGCUCUGGUUUGCCAGAAGCGGCUUAGUCAUGCUGCUCACAUGACCCGGAAGCUGUACGCCGGCUCCCUCGGCCAAUAAAGCAAGAUGAGCGCCACAACCCCAGAGUCGGUCACGACUGGACCUAAUGGUCAGGGGUCCCUUUACCUUACUAGAUUUUGCAAUAUAGUUCUCCAGCCAAGUAAUGUGUAAAUAUACUGGGGGGAAGUAUACAUUAAAAAUGCACAUGUUAGUGAAAAUAACGUACCCCAAAAUGGAUUCUACUUGAGGAAAUUUCUUCGGAAAAAUAAGUAUAUUGGAUAAAAUUGCAUAUGGAUGUGUCUAUUAGGAGAAAUCUGCAUGAAAAUGCUGGUGAAUUUUCAUGAAGCCUUUUAAAAAAAAAUAAAAAAUUGCAAAGUGAUGUGGAAAUGUGGAAAACGGAACUCAAAGAUGGGAAAAAUGAGAAACCGCAAUUGGCCGAAAGUCACGACAAAAGUCCACUGAUUUCAAAGGGUUUACAUUGUGUAUGACUUAGCUGAAUGCAACCCAUUUAACUGAAUGCACACCUAUGGGUUAUUGGGAUUCGAGUUUGCUUUGUUUCUUCUCCUUAUUUUAUAAAAGAAGAGCUACCACACAGGAAUGGAGUCACCAAGUCAGCUUACCCCCAAAGGCUCCUCCCCGCCCCCCCGGCUCAUUUAUUGCCAGUGCAUUUUAAUUAUUUGUUCAGUGGCCAAAUAAAUCAACCAGGUCCCUAGUUUCUCUCCGUAUUUUUGGUGUUGCUUUGAAUGCCAUUGGAUCAAGGGGUAGCUCUGGCACUUUUCCGACUCUUGCUCCCACCCUCUUAAUGGUCAGGGAAAUUCUUUUCACAAGCCCACCCAUGUGGGCAGAUUUUGUGAAGCUAAAUAGCAAGUUGUUGAGCAAGGAUGGGGAGCCUGUGGUCCUUAACAUUGGGCUACAGUUCCCAUGGGACGCUGGUGGCGCUGUGAGUUAAACCACAGAGCCUAGGGCUUGCCGAUCAGAAGGUCGGCAGUUCGAAUCCCCUUGACGGGGUGAGCUCCCGUUGCUUGGUCCCUUCUCCUGCCAACCUAGCAGUUUGAAAGCACGUCAAAGUGCAAGUAGAUAAAUAGGUACUGCUCCGGCGGGAAGGUAAACAGCGUUUCCGUGGUUCGCCAGAAGCAGCUUAGUCAUGCUGGCCACAUGACCUGGAAGCUGUAUGCCGGCUCCCUCAGCCAAUAAAGUGAGAUGAGCACCGCAACCCCAGAGUCGUCCGCGACUGGACCUAAUGGUCAGGGGUCCCUUUACAGUUCCCAUAAUCCUUCACCACUUCUGAAAGGCCACUGGUUCUGCACCCCUAGGAAUUCAGAGGCAUCUACGUAUAUCUGAGUAGCCGUGUUCGCACUUCAGCUUAAAAAGGCCGGCAGAAUUGCCUAGAUUAAGCUACCAGCUUAAUAAACACUUUGCUUCCUUCCCUGUGAAGUGUCUUUGCCAAAGACCCUCUGGCCUUUAUGUCAAUUAAGCUCUGCUCUCUUUGAACCUGUCCCUCUUUUUCCUCCACUUUUGAAGAGUGUCAUCAUGGUUGUAUUCGCCGAAGACAAAACCAGAGAGGAUCAACUCCGGCACUGGAAGUACUGGCACUCUCGGCAGCACACAGCCAAACAAAGGUGCAUUGACAUAGGUAAGAAAUCAUCCCAGCUGCAGGUGCCAGGACAGCGCUUGGCAGGAUUCAGUUCUCUGCUCACGUUCGUUCUUUUUACUGCACAUGCCCAAGGCUAUCUUUUGGCCACUGUUCAACGUGGCUUCAGUUCUUGUUCAUUACAGUUCUUUGGUUGCACGAGAAAUAUUCUAAGCCAUCCUAAUAUUUUGGGUGAGGGGGCAGCUAUACAGCUCUGAACAUAUAAUGGGGUACUUGCGUUUGGUUUGGUGGUGUUGGUUGGUUACCCAAAUGGGUGGGUCAGCACUUAUAAAUCAAGAUGUUCCUGGACUACAACUCCCAUCCUCCUUGACCACUGGCCAUGUGAAUUUGGGCUGAUGGGAGUCCAAGAACACAUGGAGACCCCCACAAGUUAGCCACUCCUGGGCAAUAGCAUGCAGUGGGGGUUGUAAGGUUGCAUAAUCUUCCGUGACUGGUACAAAUUGGUUGCUUUUAGGCCCGUUUUGGUGUCAAUGAUGCUAUUUCUGUGUUGAGUUGCCUUUGGGGCUGCUGAAAUCUGUUACGCUUGUUUUCUGUCUUCUGGUGGGAGCCGCAGACUUUCUGAACAGCCAUUUUCUGAACUUUGAUCAUCCCCCCCACCCCACCUCCAAAAGAGAAACCCAACCCAACUGUCUGAUUAUAUUCCUCUGUUUCUACCAUCACCCUCCCGAGAAAGCGCAGUUCAGUUUUUAAUUCCUAGAGUGUUUGGGCCUAGUAGAGGCUGCUUGUAGCUCAUGCCCUGUGCUCCAGUGUCCCUUGGCCCUUAGUCCUGAACAUGUGUAGAUGAGUUGCGGUGACUCAAGGUAGAAGGGAAAGGCACUCUGCACAUGGGCAAAUCUGCUGUCGCUUAUUACUCAGGUGUUUUGGAGGUGAGCUGCUGGUGUUGUUAAACAGGUUCCAGGAAUGAGUUGAGUCCCUGGCACAACUCAAGCUACAGGUAGAGUUGGGGCAGGGAGAUGAAAGAUGGCAUUGCAGAUACCUGCUUGCCUACAGCUAAGCUGUGAUUGGCCAGAUUCCAGGUUCCUUUGGUUCAAGGUUGAGUUGCACUCCCAGCCCUUUCCUCCUGUGAAUAAAAAGAGGGAUUAAUCACUUGGCACUUAAAGGCAGACGCACACGUAAAUCUUCCUUUAUUAUUAAAGGGUGGUUUUUUUUAUUAUUAUCAAGAGUAUAUAUCCUUGUUAUGCUGGGGUGACAUUUCUCGUACAAAACCACAGGGCACGGCAAGGAUAGCAGGUGCCACCUCUUUCCUUUUAGAACUUUAUGUUUCAUUUCCUGAUUAUUAUUUUUUUGCUUUUUAAAAAUAAAAAGAAAGCUUACUACAGAGAUGCCCACAGGCAACAACUCUUGGUUGCUUUUUUAUUGCUCUCCAGUACACCAAUGUGCUUCCAAGAUGGAAGAAAAUAAAUGACGCUAUACUAGGCCUGUAUGUAGCAUCAAUAGAUUAACAUACUAUAUUGUAUGUGUGUUUUCUCUUAUCAACAGCUGACUACAAGGAAAGCUUCAACACGAUCAGUAACAUUGAAGAGAUAGCCUAUAACGCCAUUUCCUUUACUUGGGACAUCAACGACGAAGCAAAGGUAAGCAUUCAGGCUUAUUUUUCCUGGCCCCCUUUCUUGUGUAAAAGGGGAGAAAGGAGGUGUAUCUUAACAUGGCAUAUCGUUAGAUUUUUAUUUGCUUUCUGCUUUUAAGAAAUAGUUGCUGGAGCAUUGCCAAAGUGUGUUUGAAUACAAAUAAAGUGUUUGUUGUUGUUUUUUAAAGUGGAGGGACAAUCAGUAUUGGGGAUUGACGUGGCUAUUUUUCAGUCUACCUUGCUGCUCCCAGCUCCCCAAAUCAGUUUAAUAGAAGGAAAGUGAGCAGGAACAGGAGAGUGAAACAGGCUCCUGCAAAAAGCAGAAAUUACUUCAGCAUGUUAGUAAAUUAUUACAUAGAGACCUAUGAGCUACCAGGUGCUUUUAGGGCUUGUUCUCACUGAGGAGACUGCCUGGCAAGAUCUCAGACUGCUACACCUAUUCAAACAGACGUCUUUCAGCCACCUAAGUUUAAACAGAGGUGUGUUUGCAGGCUGCAACUUGCAAUCCUCUGCAAACGGCCCAUCUCUUCUGUCAAAGUGUCAUUUUGUGUCAGAUUUACUAGUCACCUUCUUAGUCCCCCUUUGCUAUGCAGACGUCACUAAACAGCACAAUGCAGCCUUCGGGUGCUUGGUACUACAACUCCCAUCAGCUCCAACCAGCACCGGGGGGGGGGUGGGUGAAGCCUUGUAUAAUGGACGUAUUGCAUUGGGAAAGUUUCCGCUUCAUAUUGUGGUGUGAAGCAGUUAAGUUAGACAACAAAAUGGUCUUGGUCUGGCCCAGCUGUCUCACAUUUUGGUGUCCGCCUCUAACACAUCAGAGAUGAAGCCGUUUGUCCUUUCUCUAGCACAGGCCCCCCCAAACUCGGCCCUCCAGAUGUUUUGGGACUACAACUCCCAUCACCCCUAGCUAACAGGGCCAGUGGUCAGAGAUGAUGGGAAUUGUAGUCCCAAAACAUCUGGAGGGCCGAGUUUGGGGGUGCCUGCUCUAGCAAGUCUGAGUGAUCUAGGCAACCAUUCAGAAGGGAGGAAAUGGGGCGGGCUUUCACAGUUGAAUUGGGCAGUGGACUCUUUAAAGGAAGGAUUUGUGAGCAAGAGGAGGCAGUGAUUCGGGGAUGGGCAGUAGAAUUUGUUCCAAACCUUUUAUUGCAAAAUAAGUAUUCCCCUUUCACCAUGUAACCCUGACGUGUUUAUCCUUCCAACCCAAAUGGCAGUGUUUCAGCACCUGAUGCCUAAAAUGGCAUUACUUCGUGAAGUUGGUAUCGGUUACCAACCUCAGAAUCUAAAACGCUAUAAUCCUUUGGCAAACUAGCUCUUUGGGGCACUGGCAGCCAUAGAAGCACAUUUCCGCAGGUGACAAUAGCUCCAUUCAGUAUGCUGCUUCAUCUCUGCAUCUUGCAAAGUAACCCAGUCAUUCAAGUGUAUCCUCGUGGUCUUCAUGCUAAAGUGGGUGGUAUUCUCCACACUACCCGGCCCCCUAAAAGGACAAGCAAACUGACACAUCAUGGCCAAGUCACUCACCUUGAGAUCAUCCAAGUCAUUGGGCAGAUUCUGAAAAGGAGGCUGCUACAUUUUGAACCAGCAACAUCAAAAUUAUGCAAAACAAAACUUAUGAAUUCUUUUUUGCAUGUUGGUUGCAUAUGUGCAGAUGUUUUAUCCAAACCUACUCAAUUUGCAUAUUCUAAAUUGAUGUCCUGGGUUUUUUGCAAACCACUGGGGAAGGAGGGAGACAAUAGAGGGUGUUUAGAUACACAUCUAGGAGUAAGGACAGGUAGCUAGGUGAUGUUUCCCAGUUCCUAAACAUGGUCAGUAUUUGUCAGCAGAUUAGGGUUUGGGAAGUAAGUGACCAAGGACUACUGUAUCUUACAGUGCAUUCCUAUUCUUGUCUACUCAUGAGUAGAAAUGAGUAAAUCUCAUUGUGUUCUGUGUGACUUACCCCCAAGUAAGUGGAUAUAGGAUUGUUGUAUUGGAAUGGCUAUACUUUAGUUUUCUCAUGCAGCUUGCAGGCCUGACGGGGUAGAUUCAUUAGUUCCCUGUUUUCUUUUGGGCUUUCUUCUUAAGUGCAGUUGCAUAUUUCAGAAAAUCAUUAUCCUGUAGUUCUUUUUUCUUUUUCUAACCCUCCCCCCACCUUUUUAUUUAUUUAUACUGACCUAGUAAAAUCAACAAUGAUUGUGAUGCAAAAAUGACCUAUAUACAUUCUGGAUUGCUAUGCUUCCUAAUUUAUUUAUCCCCCCCCCCUUUUCUGUGUGAAUGUAUUUGAUGGUGGUUCUUGAUCAGAUUACUUGUAGACAGAGCAGCAAUUCUUUCCCACUGCUCUGAUCUUAUCGGGAGGAGGCUUAGCCAAUUUCAACAAUUUUUAUUGCAUGGUUCAUUUGACUUGCUCUUUCUUUCUUUCUUUCUUUCUUUCUUUCUUUCUUUCUUUUUUGACAAAGGCCUUGUGUGGUGCAGUACUGUACGGAACCCCUACUACAUUUAGUGCCAUGUGGAUAUCGAUGGUGACUUUUUUUGCAUUAAAUGUUUUUUAUGAACCAGCAGUACAGAUCAGGGUUAUAUAAUUAUGAUAAACUUCAUUCAGUUUACUCAGAACUGCAUGAAUGUCUGAUGAUUUCCACCCCCAUCCCAAAGAAACAGAAAGUGUGGGAACUAGUUUGGGAACAGAAAGAUGAAGUAUGAUGUGAAUCAGUUGGAAAUUAAGGUUGGGGUGGCUCAAGGAAGGAUAAGCGAACUAGGGUGAAAUGAGAGUGUGUUUUCCUGUGUCCAAAGCUUGUAUUGAGGCAAGCCAGAUAUAAAUAGACAUGGAAGCCAGUCAGCACUGUGACUCCUUCCUCUUCCCCUAUGACACUCUUUGGGCUCACAGUAGAGGAAACCUGGCAGUGUCAGCAUCAAUGCCAACUGCUAAAUGUCAGGCAAGGGAAGAAGCCUGCUCAUAACCAGCCACAAACUUAAUCCCUUUUUAUUUCACCCUUAGCAAGCCAGUGAUGUCCCUUUCUACGCCACCUCUGCAGUGAACCAAGUUAGAAGUUGAGGGCAAGGAAGAGGGUUCUAUGAGUUGGUUUUGCAUAUUCCUUGUUGGCUGGACCAUGUGUGCAAUGAAGCUUCAUUUCUUCAUUUUCCUCCAUUCAGUCUGAGAACGAGCUGUUAGGGCUCUGUUUCCUGUUGCCCUUGCUAUCUGUUUGGAUAUUGCCACUCAUCCUAUAGGGAGGAGAGCCCAUGCUAACUUUGCACAGACUCCCUUUCAGUUGCUUCUGGCAAAAAUAUAAAGGGCAAGCAGAUAAGACAGCAAAAGGCACAAUGACACAGCAACUCCACUGUCAGUUACCGAUUGUACUUUAAUUCAAAGUGUGUGGAGGGCCAUCAGGCCAUUGCAAUCUAAUAAACUCACAAAGUCAAGCAGCACAGUGAAGUGCUAAGAAUACGGUCUGUUAAACCUUUUGCAUAUCCCAUUUAGUAUGCUUGCAAAGUGCUCCCCUCCUUCUACCCUUCUUGCAACAAACAGACCACACACACUGUUAAGUAAGUUUAAAAUGAUUUACUUACAAAACAUUCCAAAAGUCAGAUUUCAUGCAUUUAUCCAAGCAGCAGCAGGGAAAACACAAGCUGAAUGCUCUGAGGUAGAAAAUACAGAAUGAUAGCUUCAAACAUGUGCUCUAAGCUUGGGUCUUGUUUAGGUACAUCUUCCGCGGUCUCCCUCACUGGAGAAGAGGGGGGCAUGACCUAGCUGUGUCUAGGAACACAGCUCUAUGAUCUUAACCCCUUCUUGCACUAACUAGCACUCAUGCAUAGUUAUGUUUGACUGCAAUUUCCCACAAGAUGUGAGACAGGAUCUUCCCUGGUUCGAGUCGUGCCAUGCUUAUGAAUUUUGUCAUGUGGCAUUCGGCAGGCCUCUUUUCCCUCGGCUUCAGCCCCACCCCCAAAUAAAUCUGUAUAUGGAAUAAUAAUGCUGGCCCACCUUCCAGAGGUGGGAACCUGUUUCCCUCCAGAUGUUGUUGGAAUUCAACUUCCAUCAGAUCCCCAGCAAGCAUGACAAAUGGUCAGGGAUAACAGAAGUUGUAUUCCGCAUCGCUACAAGUUCCUGAUUCCUGGUGUAAGCAUUACUAGGAGAAUUUGUGGUGAAGAAUUUUGAAAACCUUAAAAUGCCAUGUAAAUAAAAUACUAACACCGUUGUUAUUCUGCUCAGUGUGCAACCAGAAUAUGUUUGGGUCUGUUCUCGAAGUAAAAGUCUAUUUAAAGGAAUCCCUCUCCCCGAAGGACUUCCCAAAGAUAACCAAACAAAAGUAGCUUUAUGCUGAAAUGAAAUCUAUGAGCUCCCUAUGUUCUAGUUGUGGGAUUUUAUGUUUUUGUUUAACUUGUUCCCUGAAGAACAGGUGUGCUGCUUCCUGCAAUUUGACCCCCAGGUGUUUUUUGUGUUUUGCAUGAUGUGAAUUUAUUAGGUUAAUAAGAGUAGUAGGUCAUUUCUCAUUUUCCUGGGCUGUGAGUGUUGCAUGUAGCCACAGCGAUGCCUUCUUAAUGAAGCUUUUAGUCAUGUGGCACUUUAAAGGAAGGUGUUGCCGCAGGUUUUGCCUGUCUUGAGAUACCAGUUUGGUGAGGAUGAAACUAAAUGGGAGGCAUGCGGAUGAGUCAAUCAAGCUUUAAUGGCAUUUGUAAUGAGAGGGAGUGUAGCAUUGACACCAGCAGUACAAUCCUCUGCAUGCUUCCCCUUUAAGUUCUCUGUUUCUGGGGCUCAUUCCAGGUAAGAGUGAGUAAGAUUGCAGCCUCAGCUUUCCCCCCCCUCCUUUGACUGUAGCUCCAAAUCCUGCUUUGCAUUAUUAAUUGCUUCGACUGCAGCUGCAGUCUUAACCCCAUUUACCUGAGAGUAAGCAUCGCUGGAUUCAGUAGGUCUUGCUUCUGAUUGGAUGUGGUUUGGAUUGCGGCGUAACAUCUGAUUCUUCUUCACAGUGUUUCAGGAACGCCACUUUUGCUGCUUAUCCACAGUUCGUUUGCUCCAUCCUUUAGUCAAAUAAGCUUCAUAAAAUCAAGACACCUCUUGCCAACUCAGGCUUACAAUCUUAAAUUCAUAAAAACCAAGGGAGAAAUGAACGAGGAGGAAAAAGGAAACAUUCUUAGGUGCAGCGUAUAAUUUCCAGCUGGCAUAGGAGCCAACUCCUAGGGGCUGAGGUCUCUUUGCCCCCCAUAAAUUUUUUGAGGGGGCUGCUCCUGUUCCAGUUGAAGGGCAUUGCCAUUCAAAUAGUAUGCGUGCACUGCAUUGUGUGGUCGAUUAUGUGGGGCAGGGCUUACCUGAGUCCCCCCAAAUAUUUUAUCCAAGUUGGCACCCCUGCCAGCUGGAAUGGAAAGAGUUCAAGGAGGGGGAGGAGCUAGAUGGAACUGGUCUCCCCAAAGAGCCAAUGGUGUGGUUGCUGCUGGGUGACGCUUAAGGGAAGGAAUGGCCUGAUGGAGCUGGCCUCUCAGGGGAACCAAUGAAGCAGUCCUUUAGCACCACAUCUACUUUCUACUGCAUCUUCUGUCAUCACCAUCAAUGAAUCCUCAAUCUAGGCAGAUUAGACUUAUGGCAAGGAUGAAGAACCUGGUGCCUUCCAGGUGGAGAGUCCUGUAUUGCAGGGAGUUGGACUAGAUUAUCCUUGGGAUCUCUUCCAACUCCACAAAUCUAUUGUUCUAUGAUUAGGGCAGCUAAUUGCCAGUCACUGCAACUGCCACUUGUUUUGGACAAUUGUGUCUUUGUAAGCCAUACUAUGGUUGGUUCAUUUGCCUUACCUGGAAACUGCUUGCUUGCCUGCCAUUUUGUUUUUGCCAGCCUUUCCCGCAGGUUGGAUUGCACCACCUGGUUUGGUGUCACCCGAUCUUGCAUUUGCUAAGUUGUAAAAUAUGCGCCCCAGUAUGAUGUGGUGUGAAUUUUACAAAUCAAGCCUUUCCUAAUGUUAUCAAUUAAUUAAUAAAUCGCCCAGGGUGGGUCACAACAAUUUAAAAUACCACGUUAAGAACAAUUUUAAGCAAAUUAUAUAAAUCGUACAUGAUGAGAUGACAAAUCUAUUCUCGUCUUGUCAGUUCAUUCAAACUUAGACUAUUGAGCCUGAUCAUCAGUGUGGGGAAAGAAAACAUUUCUAAGGGAAUGCACCAAUUAAUCAGCUAGGAUAGCUCAAGCAGGAGAGCAGGAGACUCUUAAUCUUGGGGUUGUGGGUUUGAGUCCCACGUUGGGCAAAGGAUUCAUGCCUUGCAGGGGGUUGUCCCUUCCAACUCUAUGAUUCUGUGAUCUAUAGCCAAAUAUGUGGCAUGCUAAUCUAGCACUAUGAAUGGUUGAGUACACUUAAAUUUGGUCUGUGUGGCAGGUGCUAUUCUUCCCCCGUGGUGUGCAGGGAACAACAAUCCCCAUUUCUUGGUUCCUGUGUCUGGAAGGUUCCCCCUUUUGUACCUAUUUUUGCCUUGCUAAAAUGUUGUCAGCGUGAGUUGCUGGAGUUUUUAUUCUUCAGCUUUUUCUCCAGAGUGUUUACAUCAGGGAAGGGGAACUUGUGGCUCUCCAGAUGUUUUUAGACUGCAAUUCCCAUCAUCUUUGACUACUGACCAUUCUGGCUGGGGUUUAGGUGAACUGGAUCCAAUAGCCUGUUGAGGGUUGCUCUAGAGAUUUAAUCUUAGUUGGACAUGGAUGCUUGAAUUUACCGCAAAUCUAUAUUUAGCCCACACUUGCGUUAUAAAUGCAUAUGCAUAAAUAUCAUGGCCGCAAUGCACAGUUUGCUGAGGUAUAUUUUGAAGUGUUAAUACUGGAGGGUGGUAUCUUGGAUAGCCAAUAAUGCUAUGAGACCUAAGAAUGAGAAGCCUUGCACAUGCAGGGACUUCUGUUUCUUCCUUCAGUGCAGGACAAUGCUCUAUAUGCACAUAUGAAUGCUACGUUGUGCACCAAGCAUUUCUUUGUUCAUGUAAGAGUCACUUUGUGUACAACGAAACAGGUACCCCAAUACUUCUCUGCUACGUCUGUAUUGGAAGGGCUCAAAUCAUGUAGAUGCACGCUCUAAUGGAAGCCCAUCUGUAAGUCGCUGCUGCCUCCUUAAAAUUUACAUAGAGAAUCCUGCUCAAAAACAACACGCACACUAAACUCUAAUGUAGCCAAGAAUGCAGAAGUGUCCUCUGAAAAAGGCUGUCAGAAGAGGAAUCUUGCUCUACAGGCUGAAGAUGUCCAACAACUUUUGCAGCUGUAUAUUUCUUUCUUCUGGCAGUUCUUGGGUGGGGAAGUAUCUGGUGCAGUCACUCGCCCUCCUUUUCCUUUAAGACACAGAUUCAGAGAACAAUAUGUCAUUUUGGCAGCUUACGAUCCCAGCCAAAUGUUGUCUUUAGUUUUUGGAGAAGCAGAAAAGCAGCAAUCUUAAAUGAUAGCUGAGAUGAGGUGCUUUUAAUAAGAAGGUUCUUAAUAAGAAGCAUAAAAAGGGUUAGCUGUACUUUGAGUAGACCCAUUGAAAUGACAAAUGUAGGCCCAGUUAUUUCAAUGGGCUUGCUUCAUAAUAAUAAUAAUCUUACUAUUUAUAUCCAGCCCAUCUGGCUAGAUUUCCCCAGCCACUCUGGGCGGCUUACAGAAUAUAUAAAACAUAAUAAAGCAUCAAACAUUAAAAACUUCCCCAUACAGGGCUGCCUUCAGAUGUCUUCUACAAGUUGUAUAGUUCUUUACCUCCUUGACAUCUGAAGAAAGGGCGCUGCUGCUGUGAAGGCCCUCUGCCUCGUUCCCUGUAACUUUGCUUCUCGCAGUGAGGGAGCCGCCAGAAGACCCUCGGAGGAGGACCUCAGUGUUCAGGCUGAGCGAUGGGGGUGGAGACACUUCUUCAGGUAUACUGGGCUGAGGCAAUUUAGGGCUUUAAAAGUCAACACCAACACUUUGAAUUGUGCUCAGAAAUGUACUGGGAGCCAAUGUGGGUCUUUCAGGACCGGUGUUAUAUGGUCUUGACGGCCACCCCUAGUCACCAGUCUAGCUGCUGCAUUCUGGAUUAGUUGUAGUUUCCAGGUCACCUUCAAAGGUAGCCCCAUGUAGAGCGCAUUGCAGUAGUCCAAGCGGGAGAUAACCAAAGCAUGCACCACUCUGGUGAGAGACAGUCUGCGGUCAGGUAGGGUCUCAGGCUACGUACCGGGUGGAGCUGGUAGACAGCUGCCCUGGACACAGAAUUGACCUGCACCUCCAUGGACAACUGUGAGUCCAAUAUGACUCCCAGGCUGUGCACCUGGUCCUUCAGGGGCACAGGUAAGCCACUGAGGACCAAGGAGUCCCCCACACCUGCCCGCCCCCAUCUCCCAAAAACAGUACUUCUGUCUUGUCAGGAUUCAACCUCAAUCUGUUAGCCGCCAUCCAUCCUCCAGACACAGGACCUUCACUGCCUUCACUGGUACCGAUUUAAAGGAGAGGUAGAGCUGGGUAUCAUCCGCAUACUGGUGAACACCCAGCCCAACACUAAUGACCGGCAUUGGAUUGUAUAAUCCAAACAGAUGUUAAAAAAGAGAGAGCUGCUUUUUUCUCUAGGCCCCUUCCUUACCUUCUGCGCUUGUCUCCUUAGUUCAUGCUUUUAGGGAGAGCCUGACUGAGCUAAAAUUUGGGGAGGUUGGCGAUAAGCUUGUGGAUUUCAUUAAUGAGUCAUCUGCCUCCAGUCCACCUCAGUUCAAGCACUACCUCAGGAAACAGACGCAGCAGCUAGGCUGCUUUCCCAUAGCAGUUCUUCCCUGUUCUCACAUCAGGAAACAGAAUGUAAUUGGGUUAAGAGUUCUAAUUAAACACACAAAACUUCCUCAUCAGAAGGAUGGUGCUUUUCCAGAUCAUGGAUGUAAGGUGUUCUGUUAUGACACAUGCAAGCUGGCUCAGUCCAGAGUUUCAAGUACAGAAAACAACUCCUCCCUUUGUGUUGCAAAGAUGACAGCUAGUCAAAUAAGUCCAGGAAGCCCCUAUAAACAGGGCAUGGAAGCAUCAGCCUAUUCGUCCUCAGCAUCUGGUAUUCUAAGGUAUACUGCCUUACAAGAUGGAGGUUCUAUUUUGCUAUUGUAGUUAGUAACUGCUGGUAAGCCGAAUUCAUGAGAAAGUAGGUCUAAAUCCUCUUUGAAAGGCACCUGACCCAUAAAUUUGACCCACAUAAGAGAGAUUUCCAUUUGUCUCUCCUGAAUCUACAGCUGAUUCAUUUUCUUGGAUGACCCCUGAGUUCUAGUGUUUGCUGACAUCUUACUGCUUAAAUUAAAUAAAAAAACUGUCAGCACAUUGUCACUGCCAGCUGCAAAAAUUUCUAAGCCAUUGUUGAAGGAAAUAUUACCUAGCUGUACAUUUGACUUCCUCUUGAGCAUGAGUAAAAGCUUUGAUAAGCAAAACCAGCUUUUCAAAAAACAGCUUGCAUGAAAGCUAGCGAGCUCAUUAGACAGUAAGGUGUCACAUUCAUUAAAGGUGUUACAUAGAUAGCAAUUGCUAAUUAAAAUGAAACCUGCAUGUAGAUCAGGUCUGAUUAGAGUUGUCAAAGAUAACUGGUUAGAAAUCCAUUUGGGGUGGGAACUACCUCUGGAAACAAGGGAGAAACUUCUGGCUCUCUCUGUGUGUUGUUCCCAUCCAUUGGUCUAGAAAAUUACCUCAGAUAAUGUACUUAGGCCACAGGCAGGCACAUUUGCCUUCUGGAAGCCCUGACGUCAAAUCUAUCUGGUGCUUUUGUAGGGUGCAAGUCAUAAGUGAGUUCUUUCCACUCUAACACAGAGAUGAGGUCAACUGAGGAUGUGCCUCAAAACUUAGCUUUUGGACAAAUGACACAGGGCUUUUUUGUCCAGCAGGAGGCACCAUUGUCAUUCUAAGAGAACAAGGGGGAAGUUCAUGGUGAGCUCUGACACCUCUUUUUCUAGAAAAACAGUACUGCAAUGUAAUUUCUCACUGGAGGCCUGCUCCUUUUGGGGUUCCCUAGCAUUUUUCGUGGGUUACUACUUAGUAGACCCACUGAAAUGGAUGGAAUUAAGUCUACUGUUUUCAGUGGCUCGCUUUGAGCAUGAUUACCAUCGCCCAUCGUUAGGAAGAGAACGCCUUUUAGAAUUGCAGCAGCUAUUGUUAUUUCCACUAGGGGUCAGUCAUUCACCGCUGAUCAGUUUUGAUUUUCGCCUUGCUUUGAAGAAAACCAGCCUUUAGGUAAGAGGUGCAGCAAAUCAAAUUAUUUUACCGCUUAUUAUUGGAGCAGUAUCACUUCUCUGGCUCUGGUCUUGGUUGGGCAAGGGCAUUUCAAGCGAGGAAGCAGUUGUAAUGCUGAGCUAUUAAGUUCAUGUCAUAUCAACCCACAGUUAAUGUGUGAAAGUUGUGGGUCUGAAAUGGUGGUUCUAAACCCCUCGAGGGUACAGAGUGAAAUAACAUUUGGCAACCAGCAGAACAGGUAUUUCAGGUUGCCUUUUCUUCUCUCCAACAAAUAUACAUAAAUAUGCCUUUUUUAAAAGGAAAGACAUACCGAAAUUCUGCAGAACGUUUCUUCUGAGCAAAAGAUCUGAUUGGGGUUUCUUUUUUUGUACAUGUAUUCCUUGCUCUGCUGUAGUUGUGUGUAACAGCUAAUGGUUCCAGAUAGAGAUACGGAUGUCUAUCCAUGUUAAGGAACUAAUCCUGGCAAUGGGUUCACAUUUGCCACUGUUGAAGUUAAGAUGUGCUGACCACAUCUGGAACUCAGGAGCGAAAUCAAGGGCGUAGCGUUGAAUCAUGUGGCUUCCAUCAUAUAUAAAAACAUAUAAGGUAAAGGGGACCCCUGACCAUUAGGUCCAGUCGUGACUGACUCUGGGGUUGUGGCGCUCAUCUCGCUUUAUUGGUUGAGGGAGCCGGCGUACAGCUUCUGGGUCAUGUGGCCAGCAUGAUUAAGCCACUUCUGGUGAACCAGAUCAGCACAUGGAAACGCCGUUUACCUUCCCGCUGGAGCGGUACCUAUUUAUCUACUUGCACUUUGAUGUGCUUUCGAACUGCUAGGUUGGCAGGAGCAGGGGCCGAGCGACAGGAGCUCACCCCGUCGCGGGGAUUCGAACCGCUGACCUUCUGUGUUUGUUUUUUUUAUAAGAUAUUUAUUAAGGUUUUCAAAAUAUUACAAAAUAAAAAUAGAAAAAAGAAAAAUACAAAAUAAAAUUAGUUAAAAACAAUUCAAUCUUUCCAUUACUUAUUUUUCAUUAGCUUGUUUCCCGGACCUCCUCACGCCUCCCUUUUUUGUAUUCCAGUUCAGUUUGUUGGUUCAGCAAAUCCUUCCCCUCUUUGAUUAUCCUAAUCUUUAAUCUUAAAAAUAUUGUAACAUUAAAUUUUUACCUGUUUGUAAUCCAUUUUUCAUAUUCCCUUAUAAUAUUUCAGCUAAAAACCAUUUAAUUUCUAUCCAACAUCAUUCUAACAUUCAUUAAUUUUACAAUAUUUCUGUAAAUAGUCUUUAAAUUUCUUCCAAUCUUCUUCCACCGACUCUUUUCCCUGGUCUCGGAUUCUGCCAGUCAUUUCCGCCAGUUCCAUGUAGUCAAUCACCUUCGUCUGCCAUUCUUCCAGAGUGGGUAGAUCUUGUGUCUUCCAAUACUUUGCAAUGAGUAUUCUUGCUGCUGUUGUGGCAUACCUAAAGUAAGUUCUGUCCUUCUUUGGCACCAAUUGGCCGACUAUGCCCAGGAGAAAGGCCUCUGGUUUCUUCAAGAAGGUAUAUUUAAAUACUUUUUUCAAUUCAUUAUAGAUCAUCUCCCAGAAAGCCUUAAUCCUUGGGCACGUCCACCAAAGGUGAAAGAAUGUACCUUCAGUUUCUUUACAUUUCCAACAUUUAUUAUCGGGCAAAUGAUAGAUUUUUGCAAGCUUGACUGGUGUCAUGUACCACCUGUAAAUCAUUUUCAUAAUAUUCUCUCUUAAGGCAUUACAUGCCGUAAACUUUAUACCUGUGGUCCAUAACUGUUCCCAGUCAGCCAUCAUUAUGUUAUGUCCAACAUCUUGUGCCCAUUUAAUCAUUGCGGAUUUCACCGUUUCAUCCUGAGUAUUCCAUUUCAACAGCAAGUUAUACAUCCUCGAUAAAGUCUUAGUUUUGGGUUCUAACAGUUCUGUUUCUAAUUUUGAUUUUUCCACCUGGAAGCCAAUUUUCUUAUCCGAAUUAUAUGCCUCCAUUAUCUGAUAAUAAUGAAGCCAAUCUCGCACUUUGUUUUUAGUUUCUCAAAACUCUGCAGUUUCAAUCUGUCUCCCUCUUGUUCCAGAAUUUCCCAAUAUUUUGGCCAUUUGGCCUCCAUAUUGAGCUUUUUCAAUGCUUUCGCUUCCAUCGGUGACAGCCACCUUGGGGUUUUAUUUUCCAAUAAAUCCUUAUAUCUUAUCCAGACAUUAAACAAUGCUUUCCUGACAAUAUGGUUCUUAAAUGCUUUAUGUGCUUUGAUCUUAUCAUACCACAGAUAUGCAUGCCAUCCAAAUACAUUAUUAAAACCUUCUAAAUCCAAAAUGUCUGUGUUUUCAAGAAGCAGCCAUUCUUUCAACCAGCAAAAAGUUGCUGAUUCAUAGUAAAGUUUAAGGUCUGGCAGGGCAAAUCCACCUCUUUCCUUUGCAUCUGUUAGUAUUUUAAAUUUUAUUCUAGGCUUCUUGCCCUGCCAGACAAAUCUAGAAAUAUCUCUCUGCCACUUCUUGAAACAGUCCAUUUUGUCCACAAUUUGCAAUGUUUGAAACAAAAACAACAUUCUAGGCAAUACAUUCAUUUUUAUCGCAGCAAUACGACCCAGCAGUGAAAGCUUCAAAUUUGACCAAAUUUCUAAAUCUUUUUCACUUCGACCCAGCAUUUUUCAUAGUUGUCUUUAAAUAAAUUCCCAUUUUUGCUGUCAUGUUAAUCCCCAGGUAUUUCACUUUCUUAACCACUGUUAAGCCUGUCUCAUUCUGAAACCUCUCUCUCUCAAUCGGUGUUAAAUUUUUCUCUAAAACCUUGGUUUUUAACUUAUUCAGUUUAAAUCCUGCAACCUGACCAAAUUCUUGAAUCAGUUCUAAAACCCUUUUGGUACUAGAUUCUGGCUCCUGUAACGUCAAUACUAAGUCAUCUGCAAAUGCUCUCAAUUUGUACUGUUUGGCUCCGACUUGUAUACCUUUAACCAACUGGUCCCUUCUAAUCAUAUUCAGCAAAACCUCCAGGACCGAUAUAAAAAGCAAUGGGGAAAUUGGGCAACCUUGUCGUGUCCCUUUUUCUAUCUUAAAUUCUUCCGUCACCACAUUAUUUACAAUUAGUUUAGCCUUUUGUUCUGAAUAAAUUGCACUUAUACCGUUUUCAAAGCCUUGGCCUACCCCCAUCCCCUGUAGGUUCUUCUUCAUAAAGCUCCAAGAGAUAUUAUCAAAAGCUUUCUCCGCGUCCACAAAUAUCAAAACAGCUUUAGUAUUUAUGUUCACUUCUAAUUUUUCCAAAAUAUUAAUUAUAUUCCUCAAAUUGUCAGACAAGUGUCUUCCCGGGAGAAAGCCCGCUUGGUCUUUAUGAAUCUCUUCCAUCAACACUUUUUCAAUCUCUUGGCCAGAAUAUCUGCAAAGAUUUUGUAAUCCACAUUAAGUAAUGAUAUGGGGCGGUAGUUCUUAAGCUGAGUCUUUUCAGUCUCUGUUUUCGGUAUAAGUGUAAUAUACGCUUCUUUCCACGACUCUGGUGCCCUUUUCCCGUCCAAUAUUUCAUUGCAGACUUCCUUUAAAGGUUGUACUAACCACUCUUUCAAGGAUCUAUAGUAUCUAGAAGUCAGCCCAUCCGGUCCUGGAGAUUUGCCUAGUUGCAUGUUUUGAAUGGCACCUUCUACUUCCUGUUCAGAUAUUUUAUAGUUCAACCAUAAUUUGCUUUCUUGAGAGAUUUUUUGUAGUCCAUUUAUCUUCAAAAAUCGAUCUAUAUCCAUUUCUUUCUGUGGCCCUUGUGUAUAUAAUUGUUUAAAGUACCUCUGGAAACAGUUUCUAAUCUCAGCAGGGUUGUGUAUGUUCUUUCCUUCCACUUCUAAAUUUGUAAUAGUAUUUAAUUUUUGUCUUUUUUUCAUUUGCCAAGCCAGCAGUUUCCCACAUUUAUUAGCUGAUUCAAAUAUUUUUGUCUCAUUUGUUUAAUUUUCCAUUCUAUUUCCUGAUUCAUCAUUUCCAUAUAUUGUACUUGAUAUAAUUUUAUUUCUCUCAAAAUCUCCUGCGACUUUGGUUUUGCUCUCAAUUUCUUCUCACUUUCUUUUAUUUUCUCCAAAAUUUUAUCCUUCUUCUCAUUUUGGCUCCUCUUCUUUAUUGCAUUCUGUUGUAUCAGGAACCCUCUCAUAACCGCUUUGCUUGCGUCCCAGAUUACUCUUUUUUCAACAUUAGUGUUCAUAUUUAUCUCAAAAUAGUCUCUCAAAAUUUUUGGGCCUUCUUAAUCACAUCUCCAUCUCUAAAUAAGGUGUCAUUCAUCCUCCAUCUGAAGGAGCCAGUUGAUAUUAGUUUCAUCUCCAUCCUUACAGCAUUAUGGUCGGAGCAGGUUUUUGGACAAAUUUCCGCUUUCUUUAUCUUUGGUGCCAUUCCUCUAGUUACCCAUAUUUGGUCGAUUCUAGUCCAUGUCAUCUUGGCUUCAGAAAAGAAAGUUCCCUCUCUUCCCAAGGGAUUCUUUGUUCUCCAGAUGUCAACUAAGUCCAAGUUGUCUGUCAUCUCAAAAAAUGUUUUCGGUAGUCUACCAUCCUUGGUGACUACCUGUCUUUGUGCCUUAUCCAUGUUUGUAGAUACUACUCCAUUCAUAUCCCCCAUCAAAAUCAGAUUGUAAUCCAAAUAGUCCAUUAAGUUCUCAUGAAACUUUAUAAAGAAUACAGAAUAACCCUCGUUCGGUGCAUAUACUCUUACUAUCAGAAAUUUCUCUCCUUGUAUUUGAAUUUCAAUUGCCACAAAUCUUCCUUGAUCGUCUUUAAAAAUAAAUUUCGGUGAUAGUCUCUCCUUUGCAUAGAUCACUACUCCUCUUUUUUUAACUUUGUCAGAUGAAAUAAACUCCUGUCCCAAUCUCUUGUUAAUCAGUGGUUUCCUGUGUAACCUUGUUACGUGUGUUUCUUGUAGACAAAUCAAGUCCAAUUGUUCCUUUUUUAAUAAAUGAAAAACACUUUUCCUUUUCCGAGGAGAGUUAAGACCAUUACAAUUCCAACUUAAUAGUUGCAGAGCCAUGAUGUUAUUACUUUGCUUUACCUCCAACUGCACCAAGUGUUUGUUCUUGUUCUGUCGGUGGUGUCACUUUCUCUGAACCAUGCAAUCCAAAAGAUAAGUUUGCUAUAUCUAAUAUUCCUCUUUCCAGUGCUUUUGGCUCUUCUCCAGAUUCCACUUCUUUCUGUAAGUCUUCUCCGUGGUCUUUCAAGAAUCUAUCUUUAUCGUCGACUGAUCUUAUUUUUAUCUUUCUUCCUUUAUAUUUAAAGGACAGGCCUUGGGGAAAUUCCCACCUGAAGAUGAUUCUGUUGCUUCUCAGCAGGGCAACCAGGUCUCCGUAGUUAGAUCUUAAGUCCAAGAGAUGUUUUGGGAUGUCCUUAAAUAUCUCCACGCUUGACUCAUGUAUUUCCAAAGUCUUUCGGAAGUGCAGAUUCAAGAUUUUGUCUCUCUCCUCUUUUGUUCGAAGGGUAAUCAAACAGUCUCUCACCUUAUUCUUCUUUCCUCCUCUUCCAAGCCUAAAUGCGUUCACUAUCUUAAAUUCUUCCUUCCCCAAAUCCUGUUGCCAGAAAUCUGCAAAUUCCUGCGUAAGAAAGUCAGUCAAGUUAUCUUUCUCAAGUUCCGGUACAGCCCUGAUUCUCAAAUUCGUUUGUUUCUCCUUCAAUUCAAUCAUGGACAACGUCAACCCGUGGUCCUCAAGUUGCCUAUAUAUCGGUGGUAUCUUCUCUUGAGUAGUAGUUGCUAUGUCCUUUGCUUCUUCAGCUGUCUUUCGGGUCAAAGCAGAUUCCUGUAACAAUUUCUCAAUAGUCUCUGUAUUGGUGUUCACCUUCUGUCCCAAAUUAUUGAUACUUGUAGUAUUUUGGUCAAUUUUAACUGAUGCUUCCGCUACUUGUUUAUUUGUUUCAGCUACUUGUUUACUUAAAUUUUCCAAAGAUUCAUUAAUUUUUCCUAGUGCCAGGGCUAAAACGUCUUCAGACGACAUUCCUUUUGGUUUAACUUGUAAGGGUGCAGCCCCUGAUAAUCCAGAUGGUCCAGAAGGACCAGAUGUUGAGGCUCUUCGCUGCGACCCAGUAUCUGUACGGAAAGAUCUGCCAGACCUGGUAGUUUUUUCCUGAAUCAACUCUAACUUUCCUCUUCCAUCUGCCAUAACACUCUCAUAGAAGUCCAAGGUCAAUCCCACGGCUGGAAUUUGUUUUGAAAUGGAAAAUUCCCCUAGCCCAGUUGUUAUUGUAGCAAUAUCAAGCCUCCUCUAGGGGGACACAGUAGCAGUCAAAGCUUGCAACUUUAAGAAAAAAUAAUAAUCUUUAUAAAUCCCCCAAUUCACAAAAAAGAAACAGUUUCAAUUGCACUUAAUCGGUUACUUUUAAACCAGGAGAAGUCCAGAAACACUGUAUCUCUCUUGCAGAGUUAGCUGUCAAAAGUACUCUAUUUGCCAAUAGUGCUUUUCACAGAACGGCAUUCCUUGUCCCAAGGCAGUCCGUUCCCAGGUUCUAAGCGGUGGAUUUUAGCUUCCUUUCCCUCCUUUUUUUGCAGAUAAAUACAGUUCAAACCUUUCCCCCCUCCUCUCCUGCAAACCCGAGGGGAGAUCGCUGUUCUGAUGUUAGGAUUUGCGUCCUUUUUUCAAACGUCUUUCAAAGUUUCCGCUUACAGUCUCUUUGCUUUGAUCUGUUUACAAGAAACGGAAGGCGGACUUCCUGUUUAUGCCUCCCCGCUUCGGUUCCGAAUUAUUGUUUUUCUCCCUUUAAAUCCAAUUUUAUCCUACUCACGGGUAGUUACUUUUGAAGUCGAAUUGUCCCAGGAAAAAGUCGGCGCUCUCCGAUAACGGCUGUGUGGCUUCACUCCGCGGAAGAAGCAGUCGACUCUCAGCACCGCGCCGCUCACCCCGUUUCGCUCCGGAGCCCAAAAAUGGGUUCCUUCGCAGAUUGGGGGGGCGCCAAAGGUGCCCGCCGAGUCCCACGUUCACAGGCUUCACCCGCCUGUGACUUUUGAAGGGUCCCCGCUUCGCCGCAGCGGUGCAGACCCGAUCCCGCGGAGCUGGUCCCUCAGAAAGUCAGAGGGAAUCCGCCAUUACCGAUGGCGCCAACCUGGAAGUCCCCAAACCGCCGACCUUCUGAUCGGCAAGUCCUAGGCUCUGUGGUUUAACCCACAGCGCCACCCACGUCCCUCAUACAAAAACAUAGUAAAACAUUAAACAUUAAAAAACAUCCCUAUACAGGGCUGCCUUCAGUUGUCUUCUAAAGGUUGUCUAGUUACUUAUCUCCUUUGCUUGAGGGUCCCAUAGCUCCAUACACUCUGAUGAAAAUCACCCUAAGCAAAAGUAGGACAUUCCGGGAUCAAAUCAGACACACGGAGGGCUUCUGUAAAUCCAGGACUGUCCCUGGAAAAUAGGGACACUUGGAGGGUCUGCAAUUCUGGAUGCACGUAACUGGCAGUGAUGUCCAUAGAUUUUGCAUCCCAAUAGACAUGCAUAGGAUUAUUCUGUUAGACUUUGUUGGACUUCACACUAGCGGGCCAUCUGCACGAUAUAUCCUGUGGUUUGUGGCUGAAUACAGUACUGAUGAAUUUUCUUGCUGCAGCAGAAAAAAGACGAUAAAAGUUCCUUGGGGCUGCUUUUGAUGAGAAUGGGUUUUCCUGGUUUGUUUGCAGGUCUUCAUUGCCGUAAACUGCCUCAGCACAGACUUCUCAUCUCAGAAAGGUGUCAAAGGACUUCCUCUGAAUCUUCAGAUUGACACCUACAGCUACAACAACAGGAGCAACAAGCCAGUCCACAGAGCUUACUGCCAGAUUAAAGUCUUCUGUGACAAGGUAAAGCUGAUGGAGUCUGUAAAAUGAUAGCUUUAUUUAGGAAUGUUUUGCCUCUUUAGUUUAGUCCGUCAGUCUCAUUUCUUACAAGGCAAGCAGAAAAAUAAACAAUUCAAAUUGUUUAUUUUUUUCUGCUUGUCUUGUAAUAAAUGAGAUUGACUGGCUAAACUAAACUACAAUUCAAAACAACAACAGCAACACUCUUCACCACUUGGAAAUUAAGAUGACCUGUUACUUUUUGAGACUCAUUCAGUGUUGUGCUAUUUGCAUAUUUGGUGAGGGCGCAAUCACUUGGAAAGGAUGUCAAGUGAAAAGUCUCAAGUGUGUGUACACACACAUACACACAUUGAUGCUAUGAACCUUCCAUUUCAAACAGAAAAAUACGAGCACAUGCUAGAUUUUCUUAUUUAUAACUCUGAGGUGUUUAAUGAAAUUGCUAACCAACCAAAAUGAAGAACUCUUCCAGCUAUCCCACAAAUUCCACUAACCAAAGCUAAUUAUUUUUGUAUUGUCAUCACUGAUCAUUUGCUUGCUUUUUUAAACACACACACACACACAAGCAUCACGUAGCUCAUGAAGAUUGAUGUCAACUACCUGAUGACUAUCAGUUUCUCAGGAAAUGAAUUCUCAGCCCUGUUAAACUUUUUGAAAUAAAUGGAAUCCAAAACACACCUAAUUCUUGACCAUGAGAGAUAAAAUUGUAGACAUUAUUGGCUUUUAAUAAAUAACCAACAAUAAAAGCAAGUUAUUUUAGGAACAUUUUCCCUACUUUUAAAUAUUAAUAUUUUUUGGAAUGAACUUCAAUUAUAAAGAAAUAAAGUGAUACAGAGAAAAAAAGUGGGGGGACGUGUGAGAAAAAACAAAGAUGUGUAUAAGAAAAAAAAUACUUAAAAAAAAGUAUUUUAGGAACAAAGCAGCGUGGUUCAUCUAGUUUGCCAACUCAGGCCUACUUGAUUUCCCUCUUUUGGCAUUUCUACAUCAUCUGGGUUAAGCGGUCAUUCUGUCCUGCAGAUUCUGUCCCCAUUAACAAAAAAAUGUAGUGCUAAAUCCAAGUAGCAAAACAUUGAAGAACAAGGUCGAUCUGCUUUUUUUUAAUCUACUUUUUUAAAAAAAAUCAAGGCUGCUCGCUGUUGAGGAAAAAACAACGAAGCUGGGUCCAAAUGGGCCUGUUUUCAUCUACAGUUCAAUCUUCAUCUUUAUUGAUUAGCUUACAAGAUGAAAGUUUACAAGACAGAAACUUCCAUGUUCUCAGUUUGGGUUUCUGUGGCUUUACUGCUGCACCUUUGUUUUACCACCUGUAGCCAGUAGUUUAACCUAAAACUUUGCCCCACUAGUUGCACAAGAUCAGUUUACAUGCAUUUGUUUUGCUCUAUGUAUUUGUUGGGGGAAGCUACACCCUAUGCAGAGUAAGGCUGGGCAAUAUCUGGUUUAUCACCAGCUAAACAUUGCGAUAUACCAAUAUAUCACAAUGUCUGAAAUAAGGAUAGAGCUCUGUAGAGGCAUUGGCUGGCUGGCUUCAUGGUUUCCCCCUCAUUGUGAUUUUUGCAUAGCACACACACACUGACACACACAUACACCCACACACCCACACCGUGAUUUGCGAUAUAUUGCCAGGUCAGAAAUUAUGAAACCAAUAUCUCGAUGUGGACUUCAAACCGGUUUUGGACGAUAUAUCAGUAUAUCACCCAGCCCUAGCGCAGAGAGAGUAUAUCCACUAUAUGGUAGUGCAGAGCUUUCCAAACUGUGUGUCGGCUGCAGUGUGUAGGUGUGUGUUGCGCGAACGCUCCCCUCACUCCUCCCAGGUCUGGAAAGGGGUUAGUUUAACCUCCGGUUUGCUAGGAAAACUGAAUUACUGUGUUGCAAAAUCAUGCAUGUCUAAAAAGUGUGUCACCAACAUGAAAAGUUUGGAAAGCUCUGCAGUAGCGGAGCACAGCCUCGAUAAAAUUUAUUAUAAAGGAUGACAAAUGUAGAAUUAGCAAUCACAACAAGUCUAACAAAACAAGACCUUAACAAAAUUGGCACCUGCUCAGUAAUAACAGUAUUAGUUCCCUCAAGAAGGUCUCUAAAGAUUGACCUGGAAACAGUCUCAGGAGAGGAUGGAUUAUAUGCUUUCUAACCCCCUGGUUAGAACUGCAGUAAAACAACACAUGGUUGACCGUAUCCACCUUGGUAUUGUUACGGGAUCAUUUGUCUUUAAAAGGAACUCAAGCAAACAUGACAUCCAAAAGCUUUGAAAGUAACAUUUUAAAACAAUAAAAUAAGUCUGCUUCACUUUAGGUAUUGAUCAAUAAAAAAAUUAAUAGGGCACAUAGCAAAUUAAAAGCGAUAUUUCACACCAAACCUGAAUACACCCUUUCCUUGUUUUCUAAAUGAGACAAAUCAAUUUAUUCUGUUUGUAGCAUCCUUUCACCCAUGUAUAAAACUAACACCUGUGUAUAAAACUAACUACUUCAAGCUGUUGUUUUGAUCCUCAUUGCUUAUGGCAAGGGACAUAAACAAUGCUUACAACUACAGUAGUACCUUGGGUUAAGAACUUAAUUUGUUCCGGAGGUCCGUUCUUAACCUAAAACUGUUCUUAACCCGAAGCACCACUUUAGCUAAUCGGGCCUCCUGCUGCCACCGCACUGCUGCUGCGUGAUUUCUGUUCUCAUCCUGAAGCAAAGUUCUUAACCCGAGGUACUGUUUCUGGGUUAGCGGAGUCUGUAACCUGAAACCUCUGUAACCUGAAGCGUCUGUAACCCAAGGUACCACUGUAUUUUCUGUCUUGAAUCUGCCCGCCCCCCCGCACGCGCAAGGCAGGUGCAAUAAUUGAUCAUUCAUACUUGGUUGCAAUCUACAUUUCUAAUAUAUUGUCCAUAAUACUUCAAGCCUUGCUUUGACAUAAGAAAAAUUCUGUUUAUUGAUUAUAAAACAGAGACACCAGUUAUACUGGCUGAGAGUUGCAGCAACAAUUUUCUUGCCUACCACCCUUUAAAACAGUUGUGAAGAUUAAAUGUAAUAACUAACACCAUAACACUCCAUCUUCAAAGAGUUAGACUUACUAUGUCUUUGAUGAUUUGAACUGUGUAUGGGUUUGGUUUCAAGUUCAAUGACUUUUGGAAGAGGAAGAAGUUCCAAGCGUGACUGACUUCCACAAUGCCUGAUUUGGGAGGGACCAGGGAUGCUGACCUCAAUGGAGAGGAAGCCAAGCCUCUGUAAAUAACCUUUCUUCUUUCUAUCUGACAGGGGGCAGAGAGGAAGAUCAGAGAUGAGGAACGAAAACAAAGCAAAAGAAAAGGCAAGUGUACUGACCCCAGCUCCCAGCUGAAUGCCUGUAAGUAGAAAAUAUUAAAGUGCCAUUUAAUUUAGUGGAAAAUUUCAACUAAAUCUGAUUUGAAAUGCAAGCAAUGGUAUAAAGGAAAUAUUAAAGUGCCAUUUCAUUUAGUGGAAAAUUUCAACUAAAUCUAAAUUUGAAAUGCAAGCAAUAGUAUAAAGCACAGGGUUGGUUUGUUUUUCUUAAAGGGGAGGUGUGCUGAUGUGGGGCAGACAAUAAUGGUGUUGGUGGAAUUGAACCUUUAUUUAGCCCUUGCUAAGAUAGGUGUGUUCAGCUUGAGGAGAGGCAGUCGAGCAAGAAAAUGCAACUUUAAUGCAAUUACACCAAGACAUGAAUGUAGGGCCACCUCACAAACUAUAUUAUUAACAGGAUUUUCUGAGGCAGAAGUAGAGAUAAAUGCAUUUAAAUACAUUCAUUUUGGAAAUGGUGUCUUGGUAGAAUAUCUGAAUGUUCCUUGGGGCAUCCAAAACUUGAUGUUAUAAAUUUGGGGGUGUUAAACUGGGUGCUAGACCACUCUAAUCCCUGGAUCCAGUAAGUGUUAGAAUUUAAUCAAUGCUUCUAAUUCUUGGAAUAGUCAGACAAGCCUCCUGGUGAGGUAAUAGCCUGGGUGAUGAGGGGGAUUAAGGGGCUCAGUGCAAGAUGGCAUAUGAGAGCAGGGUCCCCACGUCUCAAGAGAUAAAGCCAGAGUUUAGAGAGGAGAGUUUGGAGCAGUGACCUAGAAGUAAAGCAGAAAGCUGGAGAGAGAAUCGGAGCAACGCAGAAAGCAGUGGUUGAUUUCUGUUUGAAUCCAAGACUGGGGUGUUCAUGCUGUGAACCCCCUCCAUAGGAUCAGGAUGUAUAUAUGCGUAAAUAAACCAUAUAUCAUAAAGGCACCACAGUCUCUGCCAUGCCUCAUUUCCAAAAUGAAACAUGAAGCCUGGAACCCCUGGAAUGUUGCACCACUUGUAAAUUGGGGUGGCAUGCAACAAUACAUUUAUCCUCCUGCUUAUAAUCCUAUCAGGGUCCUCAAGUUGACUCCCAAAAUAAAAUUCUAGAUCCCAACCCAUUUUUAGUUGUGUGGCUAGGGCUUGUCCACACACUAGAGUUUACAGCUGUUUGCGUUCCCAUAUACUUUAUGUAGUCCACAUGACAUUAGCCUGCACAACACCAGUCUCAAUGCUUUUACCCUGUAAAUUUGGGUUUACCUGAUAUGAGGAUAAUCCAAGAAGUUGUGGGAAAUCAAAUCACUCCACUCUGGAUCACAGCCAAUUUGUUUUUGUGAUGUUUUGGGGCUCAGUCAGCCUUUUCCAUGUUCAGCACUUCCUAAGUGCUUUCAUUUCCCCCCGCAGCUGUACUAGUAGCUAUUUCCAGGGCUCUCCUGAAUGGAUUUUUUCCCCUUUUUGAUCCCUUGGAUUUGCACAAAACAGGAAAAUUGCACAAGCAGACAUAAACUGUGUGCUUUUGCAUACUACUUGGGCAGGGAAUUAUUUUAGAAAAUCAAGGUGCGUGCACAGCUAUCUGCACCACAGACCCUGCUGGUACUUAACUGACAGAAUCCAUGGCGUAGAAGGCAGGGACGAACACAAAAGGGACCACUUAAUCCAGUCGUGACCGACUCUGGGGUUGCGGCGCUCAUCUCGUUUUAUUGGCCAAGGGAACCGGCGUACAGCUUCCAGAUCAUGUGGCCAGCAUGACUAAGCCGCUUCUGGUGAACCAGAGCAGCGCACGGAAACACCGUUUACCUUCCCGUUGAAGCAGUACCUAUUUAUCUACUUGCACUUUGACGUGCUUUCGAAUUGCUAGAUUGGCAGGAGCAGGGACCGAGCAAUGGGAGCUCACCCUGUCGCGGGGAUUCGAACCGCCCACCUUCUGAUCGGCAAGCCCAAGGCUCAGUGGUUUAACCCACAGCGCCACCCGCGUCCCAACACGUAUAUCUCUGGUGGCAGUGCUUUAUUCAGCUAAGCAGAAUCAACACUCAAAUUUGGACACGCCUUAAUAAAUGGAGUCCAGGGCAGGGCUGCAUAGAUAGAGAUGGGAGUUCAAUGGGGCAAGUUAAGGACGAAAAAAGAGUCUUGCUGGAUCAGACCAAAGCCCAUGUUCUCACCAUGACCAAUCAGAUGUCUGUGGGGAGCCUGCAAGCAAGACAGGAGUGCAACAGGGUACUUGUGGCCCUUUGUCUUUGAGCUCAUAAUAUAACAGGCCUGCCAAUUUUUGCAGCAGAAUGGUAGUAUAGGAAAGAGUCUCAAAUCCACUCCCAGGAUCUCCAUUCUACUUUGUUCCACUUGGCAAGGAGUCGUAAAACAGGCUCUUCUUCAGAAAGCAGACACUAAGGGAGGUUGUGUGUGAGAGAAAUGUAUUAUUUCCUUCUUCUUUCCAACAGUUUCUGACGUCAAAGUGCCGCUGCUUCCGUCCCACAAGCGUACAGAUAUCACUAUCUUCAAGCCGUUCAUGGACCUUGAUACUCAGCCAGUUCUCUUCAUACCUGAUGUUCACUAUUCCAAUCUUCAGCGGGGAGCUCAUGUACGAUUCCUCUUUUGCUUUAUAUCUGGGAGGGAGGGUGAUAGUAAAGAAGUAAGAAAGGUUAUUUCUCAAAGUAUAAAAAGUGUUUGUGACAGGAGGAGACAAAGGGGGGGGGGGAAUGAAAGAGGGCUGAGUAGCAGGUAUAUGAGGGUUAACAGGAGAGCAAGAGUAGCUGAGAAUUUUUGAAAAAGCCAGGGUGGUAGGCAUCCAGGAAGCACUUUGAAAGGACUGGGUUUAGGGGGGUUGGAAGAUAGAGAGAAGGUGAGAAAGGGAGCAGUGGGCAGGAGCCUCUCCAAAGUUAGGAGAACAGCGAGAUGGGAGAUCUAUAGGUUGGUGAUGGAUAAAGGAAGAAAGCAAACCAGUAGCAGACAAUGGCUAGUUCUGAAUGGUUUCCAAAGCACUUUUCUACCAGUUGUCAAGGUUGCUGGGUACAUGCAACACAACUGUACUGAUCGGUUAUUAAGUUUUCUCCAGAACAUGUAAAAAUAACUGGACUCCCCCCCCCCCCCCCGUACCCUUUCUAGGUCUUUCCUGUUGCAUCUGAAGAACUGGAGGGUGAAGGGUAAGAUUUGUUACCACUUCCAUACUCCAGAGCUGCUAAAUAUUUUUGAAUGAGGAAUGCACUGUUUUGUUCUAGUGAGGGAUGGGGAACUCAGGGCCCUCCAGGUGUUACUGAGUACAACCCCAUCACCCCUGGUCAUUGGCCAAUGUCUGCUGGGAUGGAUGGGAAUUAAACAACAUCUAAAGCAGGGGUGGGAAAACUUUUUGCCUCCAAGGGCCAAAUCCUUAUCAGGAUCUGCCUCGUGGGCCAAAUGUGACCAGUGAGUAGGUCCACCAUUUGACAAGAUCACUGGAUUGGCAGGGUAGCGGGGACACCCACCUGUCAAAAUUCCUUGCCCUAAGUCUCUCUACACUUCCGCUUUAAGCCUCUGACAGUGGGGACUUAAAGGGGGAGGGGGAAACCUUGCAAAAGCAUUUAAGAGAGCCCCCCACAUUCCCUUUCGAAUGCAGGAGAUGUCUUAAAUCCUUUGCAAAACUUGCACGGGAGCUGCUGCAAAGAGCACUUUUGCAGAGGACUUUUAAUACCUGUUUUGCAGAUGAGCAGGGAUUAAAAUUCUGCUUUCUUGUUUCCUGCUGGGAGCAGGACUGCGCAGACAUUGCAUGAUUAAACACUGUCCUUUUGCCCAUUGGCUGAUGUCACCUGUGAAGCUAGCUGAUAGGUGUGGUUUGGGGAAAGUGGUCUUGCAAGCUUUUGGAUUGAGUGAUCUGAUGGCCUGGCUGGUUUUCUUGUAGCUCUGCCAUGAAGAGGGGGCCUUAUAUCAAUGAAGAUGAUUUUGCUGCCACGCCGGUUAAGCUGUCUCGAAUAGAAGAACCAAAGAGAGGUAAAUAAUGCCACUAACCAGGAGGAAAAGAAAGCGCUGUUUGGGUUGUACUUCAUAAUAGUCCAGUAUGGGUUCUAAAAGGCAGUAUGGAUUCUAAAAGGCAGGCUUGUGUUAGCUAAUUUUGCCAGUACAUGAGCCAGGUCCCCUUGACAUAUUACAGGACCGGGGAAUUGAAUCUGGCCUGUGGGCUGGAUCCAAAAGUCCUCCACCCACACCUGGCCACUUUGACUUGGGGGGGGGGGAUCAAAUACACAGUACAAAAUAUACCACAUGAAGCAGCUCUAAACCCAGAGAAACAUUCACUCAAAUGAAAACUUUCCCCCCUCAGUUGUCAUCUUCCACAACAUGAAUGAAUGGCUUGCUUUUUACAUUAUAGCAAGUAACAAAAUAGGUCACCGGCUUGCAUGGAGAACUUAAGGAAGCUGUGCAUAUUACAGUUCUAAUCCACUUCAGCCUUCCAUUUUAGCUCUUCAAUUCAUGGAAGUUAUUCAGACUGGCAGUCUUGCCCUAAAUUCACCCCUAUCGACCAGUAUCUUAGUAUAAUAUAAACUGAAACUGUAGGUGUGGUACUGUUAUCGCCUAUAGCAAAUAGAACUUUGAUAGCAUUCAUUCACAGGGGUGAAUUAAGGGCAGCCAAUAUACUGUGCUCAGUUUCCUUGCUUUGUGUGAUCUUGAGCCUCAGCACAGCUUUCCUCUGUAGUGACACAUCCCAAGCGCUUGAGGCUCCCUGUUGCAAUGUGAAAUGGUCUCCGAUAUCUUGAUUUGAAGGCGCAAGGUCUUCAUAGAUGGGACAAAAAUACCUAGCAAACAGAAUUUCCUUAUUGAUUGAUCAGCCUCUCAUGCCACCAGAACAUCACAAAUCCAGCUUGCUGAAUAACAGAGUUCCUCACCCAGUCUAGGUACACUUGGCCCGGGCUCAAGUCAUUGUGCUACUCCUAGAAUGUAGCGGUGAGGGAGGUUAACUGCUUGUAUUCACAUCUGUACCUAUAAGCAAACUUUAUCGUAAUUGCUUGAAAGCUACUGCUUCGACGAAGGUCCCAUAUGCACUAUAUAUUUAAAGCGGUAUUAUAUCACUUUAAGGUUUACCCAAGAAAUUCUGGGAACCACAGAUAUGUUCAGGGUUCUGAGAGUUGUUCGGAGCCAGAGCUACAGUUUCCCGAGUGACUUGACAAUCCCUCUUUCCAAAGAACUCUUGACUGCGACUUAUUUCUCGUUAAUCACUUCAUUUUGGGAGACCUGUUGUUAGUACACUGAGUUGAUGGGCCCAGUUUAAUUUUGUUCACGUGGUUUAGAAUAUAUGUGAACAUUCUAUGACAUCACAGUAGUCCAGUCAACCUCCAGCCAAAUGUCACCAUAUUUUGAUUUUUGAAAUUCUAAGAGUAGAAGAACCACCUCAUUCUCAAGGUGGGGGAUGGGUUGCUCUCAAAGAAAGCAUUUAUUAUGACAAGUCCCUGGAGUGUCCAUUAUGAGGAGUUAAGUGCAGAAUUUUCUCCAGUCCUGUUUCCUCCUAGGCAGGCCCACACACUAUCAAGCUUCUACCUGGUUUGCAGAGAGUGGAUUUAAAGUACUGCUUCUGACUGCUCUGGCCUGAAAUAGUUAUGCGCCGCAUUAUAGCAUCUCAACUUAUUGUUUGACUAAUAAAUGCCUAAUGUUUGUUUUCAAUCUGAUUUUUUUCUAAAUCCUCAUUGACUUUGUCGUUGUUCCAGUGUUGCUGUAUGUUCGAAAGGAAUCGGAAGAAGUCUUUGAUGCACUUAUGCUCAAGAGUCCGUCUCUGAAGGGUCUAAUGGAAGCUGUAAGUUGCAAGCUUCUCUAGCACCAAAUUUUAGUAAAAGCUGGAGAAACAAGAUGCCCAGCUUUCUGUACUUCAGGGAUAUAACCUUGCUAUUUGGUGUGGUUGUCCUAUUGGUUUCAACAAUAGAAAUGCCUAGUGAAUUGUUCUCCCUAAGCCUAAAACUGCAGCUGUGCUUGAAUCACUGCACUAACUCUGGACCCCAUUGGACCUGUGCAAAUAUUUUCUUUGAUGGAAGAGAGAGGGGGGAACAUUAAAACCAAUUUCACUACCAGAAUGACCCUUUGGAUGAAAUAGAAAGAACACAGCGUAACAUUAACAUUAGAUUUUCCACUGGCACGUUUUAUGAACUGAGAAGGCAAGAGCUUUGGUUACUUGUGUGUCCUCUUUGCAUGCAUCUCAUGUACUUUGCUAACACGAAGGGGAAGUUGAGAACAGAAAGGACAGCCACCAAUCUCAUAGUACAGAGGGGUAGAGCUAGGCAAAGGGCCAGUAAAGCUAUUGCCCAGGAGGACUAUGGGAGCUCCAGGAACCAGUCUAGCUCUCAGAAAACCCAUAGAUUUACCCAGUUUGUGCCAUCAAAUCCUUACUUAAAUAUGCCAGGAUAUGCAUGAUCUUCAGGCCCUCGCACAAAACUUAUUUGGUCCUUCCAUGGUUUAAAGCUGGCUCUCGUAUCCUGGCUUGUUUUGAAGCCAUUCAUCAUAGUUCCAGGUUUGCAUGCAACAUGAGACCAUUGGUGAACUGUGACUUCCUGGUUUGUUUCCCCACUUGUCUAAAUGGCUGCAUGUGGGUGCAUGACGCUGAUGCAUAUCCUGACUUAUUAAAUCAGGAUUAGAUCAUGCAGACAAGCCACUUAGUCCAUCCCAUUGUCCUCUGGAGAACAGCAUGUGCCUUAGUUUUCUGUUGACACAGAAAAUGAUCCUCGUUUUGUGGCUGACCUCUUUAACUGCAAGUUCCUACAAUCUGACUUUUUUUCCUAUGCCAAAAUUAGCAUGUAAUCUCUUGUAAUGAGGCAGACAGUAGUGUUGAUCUCAUGUGAAUGACCUUACUUGCUCAGGUCUUGCCAGUGUGCCAGGUUCUUUAAAAAUGCUUUGUCUGUCUCCCUCUCUUUCUCUUCCCACCCCCAUGCUGCAUAAUGGAUGAAGAUAUUCUUUGUGUAUGCUUCUUCACACUCAUAGGUAUAUAAAAAAAUCUACUUCAUUGCAAAGCUUAACCAAGAAACUAUCAAGCCUAAAAUAUAUUUUGAGAAUGUGGGAUGAAAACAGCCACAUCUGAAGUCUUAUUAGGGACAUUUUCACAGGGCAAUCCUAUUUUUGUUGCGGGUAGAGGUGCUGAGCAGAAAACCACUCAAAUCUGUGCUUUCCAUGUGUGGAACAUGCAGAAUAACUAUUAUUAUUAUUAUUAUUAUUAUUAUUAUUAUUAUUAUUAUAUGCCACCCAUCUGACUAGGCUGCCCCAGCCACUCUGGGCAUCUCCCAACAAAAUAUAAAAAAUACAAUAGUUUUGUUGGCGAGUCCUCAGUUCUGUGGUAAGAAUUUGGCUUCUACACCAAAUUUGUUACCAACACGGAACCAAGAAAAUUACAGGAAGCGUCAGCAGAUCCAGUUAGGGACUCUGUUUAUUUACUUUUGCAAUCGGACAGUCUUGCCAACCAGAACCAGUUAGAAAAGACUGCCCAGACACAAAUCAGAAUGAAGCUUAUACACAGUAGUUCAAACACAGCAAACAAAGAGUCAUAAAUCAUCAACCAUUCUUCUACAUACAUCAAGAAAGUUUACAGGUAAAAGGAUAUAAAGAUACAUGACUCCACACUGGUUUCAACUUCCUCUGGGUCUUUCAAAACCUGUGGUCUCAGCUUUUAACAGAUCAGGCAGUUGUCUAGGCAACCAGACCUUCAGUAAGGGUUGCUGACAUUCCUUUCCCAUAUCUCUCCCUGGAACUUCUCAAGGAGAUGCCAGUGCCAACUCACAGCAGACGCAGAAAAACAUCCUGCCAUCUGUGCCACUUUCAGGGUCAGAUAGGAGUGGUGGAACACAACAUAGGAGGGGGAGGCAUGAGUCACAAAAUGCAGGCACACAGGAAUGCAUUCUAGCCCAAGGUUGAAUGCAAUUAAUAUUGAAACAUUUCGCAAAAUCAACACCCUGGGUCUCUAAUUUUUAUAUCGGUUCCACUGCAGCUCAUUUCACUCCCAGUCAAUUUCCCAAAAGGAAUCCAGUUCCAAAACAAUUGCUAGGGUGUUGCUAGGUGGCUUCAAAGCUUCAAAGCACCAGAUUCCAUGACAUAAAUUUGCACAAAACCUGUAGAUGCUAAUUUGCAAACGUAGGUCUCCGAGUUAAAUUACAUUGGUGGGAGGCUGUGUGUGUGUGUGUUUCUCAUUGACACUGCAUUUUGUGGGAUGCAGUGUGUCCGACAAGGAAUUCUGAGGCCCGUCUCACACACACAAAUGGGUCUUGGUCUCCCUGGGCCCACCCCGUAACAACAUCUCUGCUAUCCAGUAACCCUGAUCACCCCCAUUACUAUAUCCCCUGAAUUCAGGUUUGCAACUACGUUUUCCUCAGAGUAGAUCCAUUGACAUGUAUGAGCUAGAUUAUAUUUAACUGGAAUACCUCAACAAUUGCCAACAUGGUGUCUUCUGGAUGUCUGCUGGAUUGCAACUCACAUCUGCCUAGUCAAUGGUCAGGGAUGAUGGGAUUUGUAGUCCAAGACAGACUUCAUGCUUAGAAGAAUCUGCUUUGUUUCCUAAUCUAAACACCUUGGCCUGGAACCAGAUGCAAAACAGUGGCUCACCAGAGGAGACCCACACUUAGAAUGAAAGAACACAGCAUCCCUGAAUUAAUGCUCAGCCUGGGAAUUUGUUUUUAACCAGAACUGACCUCACAGCUCAUACAGAAAACCCUACUCCUGGUUUUCCUUUAUUUUUCCUUUUUUAAAAGAAGAAGAAGAUGGGAAUCAGAAACUCUUGCAGACCCACCCAGAGGCAUACCCUCUGCCCAUCCCGUAACUUAGGCUGUUUGCCUUUGCUUGUCUGCCUUAUGUAUUCAUCCAGCUAGGAUUAUGGAGUUGAACCAAGCCUUUGGGAAGGCUCAGAAGCUUUUGCCCUUGGGUUUCAGAUUCCAGCCCCUGAUCUGAGAUUCCUUCACAGCAGCUUGAAAUGUCUUGCAUGCAAGAGGUGCUCCAAACCUUGUGCCUUGUGUAAACUUGGCUGAGAAAGUGUGGGGGGUGGGGAGUGAUCGACAUAACUCGAUGGCUGCAACAUAAGCUCCCCUCAAUUGGAGACCAAAACACAAGUAUGGAGAAACUAUGCUGCUACAAAAUGCCCUGCCAUCUAAUGAACAUUGGCAUUUGGUGCUGAGAUUAGAACAAACCCAAAAAUAUCCUCUAACCAGGGCUGUUGAUAGCUACUAGCCACAAUGGCUAUGCUCUGCCUACAGAGUUUGGUGGCAGCAAUGCUUCUGGAAACCACAAGAGAGAAGAGUGGUCUUGUGCUUGAGUCUUGCUUGCCAGUUUCCCACAAGCACAGAAUGCUGGACUAGGUGGGCCAUUCAACCUGAUCCAGCAGACUCUUCUUUUGUGAACUGCUGUGUAGUGCCUUUCAUGGCCUUGGGCCGCCAUCUUGUAUAUGGGGGGGGGGGAAUCCUUUCUCCAUUUCCCAGGGUCUUCAGGUAUGUUCUCCUGUCACCACUGAGCACUCAGCUGGGUGAGACUGUAGAUCUUCCGCAAGCCGCUCAGUCUGCUUUGUGACUCUGACUUUCUGAGGGGUUCUGUGGACAGGAUGGCUAGAGCAUACUACUCUCGUUUUAUGGCAUUCCCAGUGUCUUUCUUGCUUGAUUUUUGGUUUGCUUAGAACACAGCAUGUAAUUAAAAUACGGAGCUCACUGUAUUGAUGGUCACCAACUUGGAAAUAGGUUUAGGCAAAGAGUCCACUUCUGGCUUCCUAUAGGCAUCUAGCUGGCCUCUGUGAGAACAGGCUGUUGGUCUGGAUGGAAGGUGUACAUAUGUUUUUACAACCAUUUCAGAUGUUUGUGGAGAGCCAGGUGGAGUCUCUGACAUAUACUGUUCUCUCACGAGCCUGCACACCCUCAGUUCUCACAGUAGGAAUCUCUUGCUUAAAAACCACUAUGAACUCUUGUGCUCUUUUGUAAAGCUUACCAUCUUGAAUAGAAGGUUUGGAUACUUUGAAAGCAAAAGGUGUUCAUUAUUGCCAAUAGUUUAAAUAUUUGACCAAUUUUUGGUUUCUGUAGGGCAGGAAUGCUCAACCUGUGGAUCUCCAGAUUAUUGUUGGACUGCACAUCCCAUAAUCUCUGACCACUGAAUGAGGAUGCUCUGCCAUAGAAUGAACUUAUAAAUCUGACAGGAUAGACUGUGAGAGAAGACAGGCUUCUCUGCAUCUUGGUUUCACUGCUGUGUGUUUGGAAGUUUAAACCAUGGUUUCAGUCCUGAACUACGGUUAGCACAUAGCGUGAAUAUUAGCGCAAACUCCAAAUGCAAUUUGUGAGGACUCUUUCACGUCUUAUUACUUCAUUUUUGCGAUUGUUUUCCUUUUUGCUUUGUUUAGAUAUCUGACAAAUACGAUGUCCCUUUGGAUAAAAUUGGGAAAGUCUUCAAGAAAUGUAAAAAAGGGUGAGUAUGUUGAAAAUAGUAUCCCUGCAGCUUUGCAGGCAAGAUAUGGCAUCUUACAUGUUGUUUUUCACACUCUCUGUACACAGAUCUGCCUUCUCCCCACACUGAACCUGUUUUGAACAGGAGCAAUACUGUUUCCCCAAGAUAUUGAGCUCUGAGAGUACAGCUGCCACACAGAAUUAGAAUGCAAAAGUGAGCUAAUCCAAGUGAACUCACCCUCACUGCAUGAUUCCUCAGCUGCUGGGGAGAGAGAGAACAACCCUGGGUUGUGUGCUAAGUCUUUACUCUUCACUAAUAAAUAGUUUUGCUAAGGGAAAAGAAAUCACCACUUAGUUCUCAAGGCAGCAACAACAUAUCCCUUUCUUGUACUCAUUGCAUGUUGUCAGAAUACCCAGAAAUAAUCUCUCAGCAAGAUGAAGUGGUAUCUCUAGGACAAUGGUUCCCAAUUAGCUUAGUACUGCGAACCCCCUGGUUUUUCAAAAGCCAAGCCUACUUUUUGACAAAUUUUGAUAUCUCUGUAGUAGUUUUUGUUAUGUGAAUUGUGCCAUGGACACCCACUGCGGAUCCCCGAGGUCUGAGGACCACCAAUUGGGAACCGCUGCUCUAGAUCAUUGUCAAUAGAGAAUCUGAGGCCCACAGCACUGCUGUGAAAGGGAACAGCUUUUCUAUAUCGCACAUGUUUGCAGUCCACCUCACUUGAUAAAUUUCAGCAGUGUCUUGCAUGGUGUCAAAAUUUGGCGCGCACACACACACACACACACAGAGCCUCUUGCAUUCUGCUCAAUUCACUAUGUUGUGGUUGUGACACUCUAUGGCGCUCCCUAGGCUCAGGACCCAGUGCGAUGGAACCAGCCAUGCUGCCAUAAACCCGCCUCUGUUCUUAUCACAUGUUUGGUCCUUAAACUGUUUCUUUUGAUAAACAAGUAAGCAUAGAUGUAACUGCAAAUUUGAAAUUAUAGGUAGCUUUCCUCCUCAUUGGGUAGCAAGGACCUAAGGGAAUCGUGGCAACAAGCAUUUUGAGUAUGUUAGUGUUUGCCAGAUUUUGUCUGGCGGGCUGAACCUCUAACUCAAGGUUUCCCAAACUUGGUUCUCUAGCACUGUGUGUGUGUGUGUGUGUGUGUGUGUGUGUGUCUGUGUGUGUGUCUGUGUCUGUGUGUGUGUGUGUUUUGGACUACAACUCCCACCAUCCCUGACCACUGGUUCUGCUAGCUAGGGAUGAAACAGCUGGAGAGCCAAGUUUGGGAAAUGCUGCUCUAACUGGUCUCAAUCUGUUUUGUGGUUUGCUAGAAAGCAGCCCCUAUUUGGAGGGGAAAAAUCCAUAAAUUUCCCCAAUACUCCCUCCAUCAGUUGGCAAGAGAACAAAGAGAACCUUGAGACCUAAUGUAACUUUCCCCGUGAGACCUGGGUCCUGUUUUGCUCAUCACAGAAGUGUAUUUUGUUAGGUCGACCUAGAAGAUUAUGAUGAUGAUGCCCAUAGGGUUAGCCUAGCUUUGUGCUGCCCCACUGGGUGUGUUUCCGCUAGGUUUUAAAGCGUCCCAUUUUUAAUACUCUCUUAUUUCCUUAGCAUCUUGGUGAAUAUGGACGAUAACAUUGUGAAGCACUAUUCCAACGAGGAUACUUUCCAGUUACAGAUUGAAGAGGCGGCUGGAUCUUACAAGCUCACUCUCACUGAGAUCUAA